CCGGCCCAUUCUUCGCUCGCAAUUCGCAAACGACCGACGUCUUGGUGUGGAAAAAGACAUCGGGGAUGAUGACUUGAACUUCUGCUAACUGAAGCCGCGGAAGGCAAACGAAUUUACUCGAUACAUUUAUUUACAAAAAAAAAGAGACUAUUAUACACAGUUUAGUUGUAUUUCUCGAAACGGACUCUUCCAUUGUAAUCGUGCUGCAGUGAUUGUUGUGUUAUAUAUUUAUUCUUCGAAUAUUGUGUGCUUCCUUUUCGAUUUUUUUGACCGUGUUACUGUGAAGAUGAGUUCCCAACAGCAACAAACCCAGCAAACCCAACACUCCCAGCACACCCAAAGGGUUACUAGAACCGAGCAACAUGUCACUAGGCAGGUUACCGGACACAUACAAGGAGGUCAGAUGACCCCUCAGCAACUGCAGCAAAUUCCCGGCUUCGGUCCGAACGCCCAGCCGCCCGUCUUCGAAAAGGUGUUCAGCAACGCCAGGUUCGCGCAGGGCGGCACGGCCACCUUCGACGGCCGGGUGACGGGGAAACCCCAACCGACAGUCACCUGGACGAGAAACGGAGCGCCGUUGGUCAGCUCCCAGAAGUACCGGUUGACCUACAACGAGCAAACCGGCGACAUCGCCUUCCAGAUCAACCAGAUUGGACCCGGCGACGAAGGGGAGUACGUGUGCAACGCGAAAAACCAGUACGGAGCGGCCAUAUGCUCGGUGUACAUCUCGCCCGAGGGUAUGCAGAUACCCCAGAGGCAGGCUUUCUCGAAAUUCGACCAGACGACCACCUAUUCGAACGGCACCACCACCACCAUCACCACGGAGGACUUCAAAAUCGAUACGUUCGAGUACAGAAUCCUGCGGGAGGUGUCCUUCAGAGAAUCGAUCACCAGAAGAUCCUCGUACGAGAAGGACUAUCAAGUGUCCACUACCGUGGAGAGGUCUCUGGGACCUCCGGCUCCGCCGCAAUUCGCCCAGAAACCCAGGAAUUCGAAGCUGCUCGAAGGAUCGGAUGCCGUGUUCACAUCGAAAGUAUCCGGUAAUCCCAGGCCGAGGAUCACGUGGUUCAAAAACGGCCAGAGGAUAAUCGACAAUCAAAAAUACGAAACCACCUUCUCCAACAACCAAGCUUCGUUGAGAGUCAAGCAAGCCGCCUCCGAAGACUCCGGUCACUACACUCUGCUGGCCGAGAACCCUCAAGGUUGCGUCGUUUCAUCGGCUUACCUAGCCAUAGAACCGGUGACCACCCAAGAGGGAAUCAUCCACGAAUCGACCUUCAAGCAACAACAGCACACGGAAAUCGAAGAGACCAGCGACAGCAGCAAAAAUUUAGCACCCAACUUCGUGAGAGUAUGCAACGACAGGGACGUCACCGAAGGGAAAAUGACCCGGUUCGAUUGCCGGGUGACGGGCCGCCCCUACCCGGAGGUAACCUGGUACAUCAACGGCAGGCAGGUCGUCGACGACCACAACCACAAGAUCCUGGUGAACGAGUCCGGCAACCACGCCCUGAUGAUCACCACGGUGAGUCGCAACGACUCCGGCGUGGUGACCUGCUCGGCCCGCAACAAGUCCGGCGAGACCUCCUUCCAGUGCAAUCUGAACGUCAUCGAAAGGGAGCAAGUGGUGGCGCCCAAGUUCGUCGAGCGCUUUUCCACGGUGAACGUCGUCGAAGGGGAGCCCGUGCGGCUGCACGCCCGAGCCGUGGGCACUCCCACGCCGCGCAUCACUUGGCAGAAGGACGGCGCGCCGCUGGUCAGCAGUCCGGACGUCCGCAUCGCGAUUGAUGGCGGAGCCGCCACCUUGGACAUACCGAGGGCGCGCGUAUCGGACGCCGCUUGGUACCAAUGCACCGCCCAGAACGUCGCCGGCUCCACCGCCACUCGCGCCAGACUCUUCGUCCAAACGCCGCAGAGUCCGACGCCCGAACCGAGACGCCUACAUUUACCGAGGCCUACGAAAGUCAUCGAACCUGAACCCGAACCUGGUCCAGAAGUUAUUUAUCUUCGUCAUGUUGAACGAUCUCGCCCGCACGCACCUCCAGGCGAAGAGGAUCGAGUCUAUCCUCCGCCGCAAUUUAUCAUUCCUCUGAGAGAUGCUGUUCAAUUUGAAGGAGGAAAAGUCCACUUUGAGGCCAGAAUCGAACCCGUUGGCGAUCCAACCAUGCGUGUAGAAUGGUUUUUGAAUGGAAAACCUUUAGCAGCUAGUUCUAGAGCCACAUCUAUAUUCCGCUUCGGUUUUAUCGCAUUAGAUAUAAUUAGCUUAAUAAUGAACGACAGCGGGGAGUACACGUGCCGCGUAACGAGCGCUACCGGUUGCGUAGAAUCCCGCGCCUUGCUUAGCAUUAACCCCAGAGCUUCGAUUGAACAAUCUAGUCAGCACCCGGAUAGCUUGCAGUAUAUCCAAAACCUAGAGGAUUACUCUAGAUACCAACGAUCCGACAGUAUGGACGAACGCUCGAACCAGAAGCCCCACUUCAUACGACCGCUCCAGGAUCUCGGGGAAUUACAGGAGGGCAGGAACGCUCACUUCGAAGCCCAGCUGACUCCCGUAAGCGAUCCGACGAUGAAAGUGGAGUGGUACAAAGACGGUAGACCGAUCACCGCCAGUUCGCGUAUAACCACCAUCUUCAACUUCGGUUACGUUUCUCUCAACAUCCUGCACCUACGGACCGAAGAUGCCGGAACGUACACUGUGCGGGCUGUGAACCACUUGGGCGAGGCCAUCAGCUCGGCGAGCAUCGGAGUCUUCACCCGUUCAUCGGUCACCGGCGAUCUGGGAAUACCCGAGCAACAGAAGUACAUCGAGGAGGUGGAGAAAUUAGAGGCGUACCAGCAGCAGAUGCACCAGAAGUACGUGCAAGAGCAGCCGGAAAGCACCCAACCUCCGGUGUUCAAAACGCCUAUUAAGGAUCAAAACGAAAUUCGCGAAGGGGGUUUCGCGCAUUUCGAAGCUCGAUUGGAGCCGGUAGGAGAUUCCACAUUGAGAGUGGAAUGGUUGAAAGACGGCCGUCCGCUAGAAGCUAGCUCCAGAAUAACGAGCUUCUUCAACUUCGGCUACGUAGCUCUAACCAUUAAAGACGUCACGAUCCACGACGUGGGACAUUACACUUGCCGAGCUUACAACGCAGUAGGCCAAGCUACGACCACGGCGCAAUUGAGCGUGGUCAGCCGAAAGGACAUCAGCUUCGAUUCCCAACAUCCCGGUGGUCUGGAGAAAAUCCAGCAUCUGGAAGACAGCAGUAGAUACAACAGAUCCUCCAAGGAGGAGGUGCAAGUUACGCAGAAACCCAGGUUCUUGGGACCGUUGAAGGGCACUAACGUCAUCGUCGAAGGACAACGCGGGCACUUCGAAGCCAGAGUGGAGCCCCAAAGCGAUACCACGCUCAAAAUCGAAUGGUACUUCAACGGCAAACCCAUCCAACCGGCCAAUAGAAUACAAACUUACUACGACUUCGGGUACGUCGCUUUGGACAUCUUAGGCGUACGCGAAGAAGACACUGGCACCUACACAGCAGUGGCCAGAAAUGUCCUAGGGGAAGCCCAAGUCUCCGCCAGCAUGACAGUAGAAACGCGCGCUAGCAUCGAUACGAGAAGCAUGCACCGCGGAGCCUACGACAAGACCAAGCACAUCGAGGAAUCGAAAUUCGUCGAACCUCAGUACCACAUAGAAGAACUGUGCAAAUCCAAGCCCGUGUUCGUAGUGCCUCUAUCCGAUCCUCCUCCGGUGUCCGAAGGCAGGAACAUCCACCUCGAAUGCAGACUGGAACCCAUGGGAGACCCCACCAUGCGCGUGGAAUGGUACUGCAACGGAAGACCUGUAACAGUAGGCUCCCGUUUCAGGACCUACAACGACUUCGGAUUCGUCGCCUUGGACAUCAUCCACGCGAACGCCUCCGAUUCCGGGGAAUAUACAGUGCGAGCCGUUAACCAGCUGGGCUCCGCUCACACAUCGUCUUGCGUUAGAGUCAUAUCCCGUUCGGACAUCAUAACGGACACCCAGCACGAGCAGUCGCUCGAGCAGAUCCAGCACCUGGAGGACUCGUCGCGCUAUCGCAAGCAAAUCGCCGAGGACGUGACGGUGCUGCAGGCGCCGCAAUUCACCAGGUCCUUGCACAACAUCGAGACAGUCGAAGGGACCAACGUGCACAUGGAGUGCCGCCUGCAGCCUGUGGGCGAUCCCACCAUGAGGGUGGAGUGGUUCGUGAACGGGGUACCCGUGAAGACGGGCCACCGGUUCCGGCCGGCCUACGAUUUCGAUUACGUGGCUUUGGAUCUGCUGAGCGUGUACCCCGUGGAUUCGGGCGUGUACACCUGCCAGGCCAGGAACCAGCUCGGCGAAGCUGUUACUUCGUGCUCGGUGAAGGUCAUCGCUAAGAAAGACCUGUUUUUGGAGACCCAGCAUCCGGCUGGUCUCGAAAAAAUACAAUAUCUGGAGGAUUCCUCCAGGUACAAGCGCACCGAAUUCGUGGACGAACAGGUCACUGUUAAACCUAGAUUCGUCACGAAGCCUAAGAAUUUGGAGCACAUGACGGAAGGUAAACACGCUCAUUUCGAAUGCAAAAUCGAGCCUGUUACCGAUCCCAAUCUGAAGGUUGAGUGGUACAAAAACGGCCGUCCGGUGACGAUAGGUCACAGGUUCAGGCCGAUCCACGAUUUCGGCUACGUGGCUUUGGAUAUCGUGGACCUCAUCGCCGAAGACUCCGGCACGUACACUUGCAAAGCGACGAACUUGGUGGGCUCCGACGAGGUCAAUUGCGUACUGCAUUGCAGACAAUUGGGUCAAAUCAUCACUUCCACCCAAAACGAGACUGGAUUGCAGCAAAUCCAGCACCUCGAGGACCGCUCUAGGUACCAGAGGAGAGACGAAAUCGAGGAAACUACGACACAGGCUCCGCUAUUCACCACCUCCCUAAAGAACAUCGACAUCAAAGAGGGCCAACGGGCCCAUUUCGAGUGCAGAUUGAUUCCAGUAUCCGACGCCACCAUGAAAGUCGAGUGGUUCCACAACGGCAAACCCCUGAAAUCCGGAUCCAGGUUCACCGAAACCAACAACUUCGGCUUCGUCGCCUUGGACAUCCUCUACACCUACCCGGAGGAUUCCGGCACGUACACCUGCAGGGCCACCAACGCCCUGGGCGAGGCCGUCACCUCGGCCGUCUGCAACGUGCAAUCCAAGAAAUCCAUCUACUUGGAAUCGGUGCACGAGGGCGCCAUGGAGCGCAUCACGGAGCUCGAGGACUCCUCGCGCUACCAAAGGAAAACCACCCAAGACGAGACCGUCAGCCAAGCUCCUUGCUUCACCAUGCCCGUCAAGGACCUGCGGGUGGCCGAAAACCAAGCGGCCCAUUUCGAAGCCAGGCUCAUUCCAGUGGGCGAUUCCCGACUCAAAGUGGAAUGGCUGCGAAACGGAGUACCAAUACAAGCUUCCAACCGUUUGACCACCAUGCACGACUUCGGAUACGUGGCCUUGAACAUGAAAUACGUGAACCCGGAGGAUUCUGGAACCUACACCUGCAGAGCAACCAACGAUUUAGGCGAAGCCGUCACCUCUGCCACGCUUUUCGUGCAAUCUAAAGCUUCGCUGCAAAUGGAAUCGCAACACGAAGGCGCCCUGCAGAAGCUGCGCCAGCUGGAGGACUCCAGCAGGUACCAGCGCCGCGAAGAGGAGGAGGUGAUCAUCACGCAAGCGCCCGUCUUCACCACGAAACUCAACGGCCCCGCCGAGAUAUUCGAAGGGCAGAGCGCCCACUACGAAUGCCGCAUCGAGCCCUACUUGGACUCGAACUUGAAGGUCGAAUGGUUCCACAACGGGAAGCCUUUGACUACAGGUCACAGGUUCAGGACCGCCUACGACUUCGGUUUCGCCAGCCUCGACAUUCUCACGGCCUACGCGGAGGAUUCCGGAGAAUACACUUGCAGGGCUACCAACAGAAUUGGACAAGCCACAUCUUCUGUGGUUACAAACGUUAAAUCUAAAUCCUCCAUCAUCAGAGACACCCAACACCAAGGCGCUCUACAGAAGAUCCAACACCUGGAGGACGAUUCGAAGUACAAGCGCGUAUCGCACGAAGACGCCUUGGUGCUGGAGAAACCCCAAUUCGGUAGGGGUCUCAAGACCAUCGAGAACCUACCGGAAGGCGCUACCGCCCAUUUGGAAGCGACUCUAACUCCCGUUAACGAUCCCACGAUGAGAGUCGAAUGGUUCUGCAACGGACGACCCAUCCAAACCGGCCACAGGUUCAAAACCACCUACGAUUUCGGCUACGUAGCCUUGGAUAUCCUCUACGCCUACUCCGAAGACAGCGGCACCUACAUGUGCAGAGCCAGAAACGCCGUUGGGGAAGCCGUAACGACAGCCGGCGUAUCAGUAGUAGCCAAAUCCGGCCUGCAAUUGGAAACCUUGGACGAGCAACGUCUCAGCAAGAUCAAGCAACUGGAGAGCUACGAGAGACCUAAAAAGGAAGAAUUCGAAGCGCCGCCGCAGAAACCCGUCUUCCUGACGCCUUUGGUCAGUCUGGAGAACCUCAAAGAAAGCGAACACGCUCAUUUGGAGUGCAGAGUGGAGCCCGUCAACGAUCCCAACCUCAAAAUCGAGUGGUACGUUAACGGCGUGAAAUUACGAGCCGGCCACAGGUUCAGAACCACCCACGAUUUCGGCUACGUAGCCUUGGAUAUCCUCUACGCCUACUCCGAAGACAGCGGCACCUACAUGUGCAAAGCCACUAAUCUAGUAGGCGAAGCUGUCAACACGUGCAACAUCAAAGUCGGCAGUAGAAAGAGCAUUCUGUUGGACACCCAUCACCCGGAAGGUUUGGAGAAGAUCAGGGAGUUGGAAGCGCAAGGUCACCACGCCAGGCUGGAAAUCGAAGAACCAGCACCUACGCCGCCUAUAUUCGUUACCGAAUUACGCGGUACCACCGAAAUCUACGAAGGGCAAACCGCCCAUUUCGAGGCUCAGGUGCAGCCCAUCCACGAUCCGAACCUUCGCAUCGAAUUCUACCACGACGGGAAGCCGCUGCCGGCAUCGUCGCGGUUCCACGUCACGUUCGACUUCGGCUACAUCGCCUUGGACAUCGGCCACGCCGUGCCCGAGGACGCCGGCCAGUACUCGGUGAAGGCCAUCAACAACCUAGGCCAAUGCGUCUCCUCCAUCAACCUGAAGGUCAUCGCCAAGAGCAACAUCAUCUCGGAAUCGCAGCGGCCCGAAGGAUUGGAUAAAAUCAGGCAGCUCGAGCAGCAGCAGCCCUACAAACGACCUGAGGUCGACGAAGCUGUUACGAGGCAGCGACCGGUGUUUACUCAACCCCUUCAGAACAUCGACUUCAUUAAAGAAGGUCAGACUGCUCACUUCGAGUGCCGGUUGAUUCCUGUCGGUGAUCCCACGCUCAAAGUAGAGUGGUUCAGGAACGAGAAACCUCUGGAAGAUAGCUCGCGCAUCACCAAGGUGCACGAUUUCGGCUUCGUUUCUCUCGACAUCACCCACAUCAGAGCCGAAGAUGAAGGCGUUUACAUUUGCCGGGCGACCAAUCCGCUCGGAGAAGCUGUCACCACGGCGUCUAUGAAAAUUAGAACUGAGGCGAGUAUUCAGCUGGACACGCAGCAUCCAGAAGCUCAGAAGAGAAUCGCCCAAUUGGAGCAACCGCUAGCGUCCAAACCCGACGAACCCGAUCACGUGUUCGAGAAACCCAUAUUCACCCAACUGCUCACCGGCCCCACGGAGCUCUGGGAGGGCCAGCACGCCCGCUUCGAAGCUCGCGUGGUACCGGUGGGCGAUCCGGACCUGAAGUUCGAGUGGUACGUGAACGGAAUCGAGCUGAAGCUCGGCUCGCGCUUCAAGGUCACCCACGACUUCGGGUUCGUCACCUUGGACAUCCUCUCCACCAUCAAAGAGGACUCCGGCGUGUACAUGUGCAAGGCCAUCAACAGGAGCGGCGAGGCGGUGUCUUCGAUCUCGAUGAAGGUGAAGCCGAGGUCGAACAUAUCCGGGGAGCCUUUGCACCCCGACGCCUGGCAGAAGAUCCAGCUCAAGGAGGCCGAGAUGAACAAGGUGCCUCAGAUGUUCGUCGACGAGACGCCCCAACAGCCGCCGGUGUUCACCACGCACUUGAAGAGCUACGAUAACCUGGUGGAAGGGCAGCACGUCUAUUUGGAAGCUCAAGUCGAGCCCAGGGCUGAUCCCAACCUGCGCAUCGAAUGGUUCAAAAACGGAAUAUCCUUGUCUACGGGUGCAAGGCUGCGCAGCACCUUCGACUUCGGUCUGGUUACGUUAUCCAUCAAUGGCUUGAGAGAUGACGACUCGGCCAUUUACACUUGCAAAGCGACCAAUAAACUAGGCGAAGCUAUAUCAACUUGCACCCUGAAAAUCGCGGAUCGCCAUUGGUUGUUGGGAGACACCCUUCAUCCGGACGCCAUACCGAAACUCCAAGCCUUGGAGCAACACGAAGUCGCCAGAAAAGAUGCACCAGAACCCGUUUACGACCUACCCGUUUUCAUCACGCAUCUCAACGACAUCGAAUGCAUAGAAGGCGACAACGUGCACUUCGAGUGCAACGUGGAACCCUCCAAAGAUCCCACCCUGGUCAUCGAGUGGUUCGUCAACGGAAAACCUCUACCUAGCGGUUCCAAAUACAAAUCGACCCACGAUUUCGGCUACAUAUCCUUAGAUAUAACCCACACGUACGAAUCCGAUUCGGGCAUGUACACCUGCAAGGCUUCUAACACCAAAGGCUCUGCUUCGACUACCGGCAAGCUGCGAUGCACCGCCAAACAGAACAUCUACCUGGACACCCAGCAUCCUCAAGGAAAGGCCGGCUUGGAGGCCGUACAGGACGUAGAAGAUGCCAUAGCUGGCAAGUACAAGAGACAACCUUCAGCGCCUGAGAAAGACUACGGAAAGCCAGUAUGGAUAGUACCCUUGAACCCGGAAUUCCACCUAGCUGAAGGCCAACCUUUGCAUUUGGAAGGCACGGUGGAACCUAAGGAGGAUCCCAACAUGAAAAUCGAAUGGUUCUUCAACGGUAAAUCCAUCGACCACGGCAGCAGGUUCAAAUUUACCCAAGACUUCGGGUUCGUCACGCUAGACGUCACAGAUGUCUACGAACGAGACCAAGGCAUCUACACCUGCAAAGCUUCGAAUAAAUCUGGCGAAGCUUUCACCUCGACGACGAUCUACUGCACCAGCAAAUCGAAUCUGAUCGAAAGAACGCAACAUCCCAAAGGCCAAGAAGGCCUGGAGAAGAUCCAGGAUCUCGAGGACUCUCUCAACAGACCUGAAGCGCCGAAGGCAGAAUUAGAAGAAGGACACGCUCCGGUGUUCACAUCGGAAUUCGUUGAACUUUCCAAUCUUUCUGAAGGCGAGAUUGCUCAUUUCGAAGCUGGUUUGACUCCUGUUGGUGAUCAAACCAUGAAAGUAGAGUGGUUCUACAACGGCAAAACCAUCGAAGCUUCGCACAGGUUCCGAACGGUGCACGCAUUCGGUAUGGUUGUGCUAGAGAUCUUAGGUACCAAAAUCGAAGAUUCCGGUACUUACACCUGCAAAGCCACCAACAAAUGGGGCGUAGCCGAACAAAGCGUCCGGCUGGGGUGCGUCGAGAGAACGGGUGGACAAAAACCAAAGUUCACCACUCACAUCAAGGACAUCGUAGGUCUCAAAGACGGGCAAUCCGCCCACUUCGAAUGCACGUUGGUGCCGGUCAACGAUCCCGACCUCAAGGUCGAAUGGUACCACAACGGGCAACCCAUACUGGAGAAAAACCGGAUCAAAAGGGUGGCGGACUUCGGUUUCGUCGUCAUGGACAUCUCCUACAUUCAAAACCACGAUUCCGGGGAGUACGUGUGCAGGGCUUACAACAAAUACGGAGAGGACUUCACCAGAGCAACCAUCUCGGCUCACGGUAGAGGCGGCGUCUUCACGGACACCCUUCAACCGGAGUCCCUGGCGAGGAUAAGAGAACUGGAGAGCAUGCAUGGUCAGCACGCCCAAGCGCCCUCUGCUCCCGUCACAGAACCGCCCAAAUUCAUCACCCAAAUCCAGGACGUUACCAAGUUGGUGGAAGGGCAGAGCGCCCACUUCGAGGCUCGCCUCACGCCCGUCACCGAUCCCGAUUUGGUGGUGGAAUGGUACUACAACGGGCAAAAAUUGCCGCACGGCCACCGGUACCGAACUUUCCACGACUUCGGCAUCGUCAUCCUGGAUAUACUCUACUGCUACGAGGAGAACUCCGGCGAAUACGAGUGCAGGGCCUACAACAAGCACGGACAGGACUCCACCAAAGCCAAUUUGAAGUGCGUAUCGAAGACGAACCUAAUCCUGGACUCGCAACUCCCGCGGGGCAUGGAAGGCGGAUUAGAAAAGAUCCAGACCUUGGAAGAUUCCAUGGUACGCACCAGAGAUGAAAGGGAAGAAACUAAAGUAGGCAAAGCUCCGGUUUUCACAGUACCGCUAUCGAACAUCGACAGUCUCCGCGAAGGCGAGAACGCCCAUUUCGAAGCCAGGCUGAUCCCCACCGACGAUCCCAAGCUCAAAGUCGAGUGGUUCUGGAACGGCAAGCCGCUCAGGACCGGCUCGAGGUUCCGCACGUUCUGCGACUUCGGCUUCGUCAUACUGGAAAUAUCGCCCGUCUACCCGGAGGACUCGGGCGAGUACUCUUGCAGGGCUUCCAACGAAUACGGCGAGGCGGUGACCACCGCCACCAUGAAGGUCUCCGGCAAGAGGAGCAUCAUCUUGGAGUCGCAGCUGCCCAAAGGCAUGGAGGGCACCAUCGAUAAGAUAGCCGAGCUCGAGGGACUCGGAGUGGCGCCGUCUCAACUCACUCCCGACGACGACACCGGCAGACCGCCGGAGUUCAUCACCUCCCCCUCGGACCUGGUGCUCAACGAGAACGGCUCGGCGCAUUUCGAAUGCAGGCUGAUACCGGUCAACGACGCCAGCAUGCGAGUGGAAUGGUUCCACAACGGCAAACCCCUGUGGGCCGGUUCCAGGAUAAAGACCAUCAACGAUUUUGGGUUCGUGAUAUUGGAAGUGUCAGGCGUUUACCAAAGGGACUCCGGUUUGUACACGUGCAAAGCUACAAAUCGCCACGGCGAAGCCACCGUGUCCUGUCAGCUGCAGGUUAAAGGCAGACAAGGCAUCGUCAUGGAGCCCCAGCUGCCGUCCAACUUCCGCACCGGCACCGAGAGCAUACAGAAACUCGAAGAGCAACUGCACAAACGCGAGGAAAUUCUAUCCGAAGAGGAGAAACCCAAUCCUCCGAGGUUCAUCGUAGAAAUCAAAGACAACGUGGACGUGCCCGAAAGUGGCCCGAUUCACUUCGAUUGCAGAGUGGAGCCCGUCAACGAUUCCACGAUGAGAAUCGAUUGGUUCCACAACGGCAGACCGUUCGCCACCGGCUCCAGGGUGCACCAGAUCAACGAUUUCGGAUUCAUAUCGUUGGACAUCGACUACUCCUACAGCAGAGAUGCCGGAGAAUACAUUUGUCGCGCCACUAACAAAUGGGGCACCGCCACCACUAAAGCCACGGUGACCACAACGACCAAGAAGAGCAUCGAUACGGAAAGCCAGUUGCCGUCCGGAAUGAGCGCGGAGAAGCUCAAAGAACUCGAGAAGGGUCCGAUAUCCAGGGCUCCGGACGUCGACAAGACUUACUCACCGCCGAAAUUCAUCACCCAAAUCGAAUCGUCGACGGUAGAAGAAUCGGAAUCCGUGCAUUUCGAGUGCCACGUGGAACCCAAAGACGAUCCCAAGCUGCGCGUCGAAUGGUACAGAAACGGCAAACCCCUACCAUCGGGACAUCGUUACAGGAACGUCUUCGAUCUCGGCUUCGUCUCCUUGGACAUCCUCUACGUCUACGAAGAGGACUCCGGCGAGUACGUAUGCAGGGCGGUCAACGACCACGGCGAGGACUUCACCAAGGCCAGGAUAUCCUGCAAGAAGCUGCCCAACAUCAUCUUACAAAACCAGGUGCCUAAAGGCAUGAAGAAAUCCGAGACGCUGAUGCAAAUGGAGGCGGCCAUCAAGAAGUACACCUCCGAGAUUUAUUUGACCGAAGACGAUUUGUACGAUGUAGAUAAAAAACAACCGCCUAGAUUCGUGACGCAGAUCAAAGAUCAAACGGACCUGGUGGAAAUGCAAUCCACGAAAUUCGAAUGCCAAUUGGCUCCCGUUGGAGAUCCCAACAUGAAAGUCGAAUGGUUCCUCAACGGUAAACCUCUUCCUCACAAGAACAGAUUCACUCCCAUCUACGAUUUCGGCUACGUAGCCAUGAACUUCGGCUGGGUAUACCCCGAAGACAGCGGAGAAUACCUCUGCAGGGCCACCAACUUGUACGGCAUGGACGAAACCAGAGCCAUAAUCAAAACAGCGGGUAAACCGGGCAUCAUCUACGAAUCGCAACUACCCAAAGGCAUGAAGAGCAUCGAAAGGAUCCGCGAACUGGAAGCCUCUUGGCAAAACGUACCGGAGGAGGCGGUGGAGGAAUCGAAGCCCCGACAGGCGCCGGUGUUCGUCAGCAAACCGGACCCGGUGACGGUGGAAGAAGGCGAAUGGGCCCGGUUCUGUUGCCGCGUAACAGGCCAUCCGAGGCCGCGCGUCAUGUGGCUGAUCAACGGCCACACGGUGGUCAGCGGCUCGCGCUACAAGCUCACCUACGACGGCAUGUACCACCUGGACAUACCCAAGACCAGGCAGUACGACACCGGCAAGGUGGAGGUGAUCGCCCGCAGCUCCGUCGGCGAGGCCAUCGCCGAGACCGAGCUGCGCAUCAUACCCAGGCACGACGACUACCGAGGAGUGCUGAAGAACUCGCCGAGACCAUGGUAUGAUCUAGAACUAGCUGAUUACCAGAAAGAACGCGGUGAAACCGAGCUAGAGAAGGUCUUCGACGAGCGCAACACCACCUUGAGGGAAAGCGGGGUCAACGUGACCGGCGUUCACGUGCAACCCAAGGAGUUCAAAGAGCCGGAAACCGAAUGGCAGAGGAACGUAAAAACCAAAAAAGGCGAGGAUUACUACAGCAAAAUCCAAGAGCUCGAGAACGAGCAGGUGACCAAGGAAAUCAGACUCCGCGAACAAUCCCACCAAUACGCCAUACCCGGUGAGAAAGUCGUCAGCAGCUCGGUAUCCAGAGGCAUGGCUCAACAAUACGAGCAAAACUUAGAAGAGAAGCCUAAUUACAACGUGAACUUGGCGCCGGUGCCUCGGCUACCGAAACCCGACCAGGAGAAACCUGUGCCUCACAAAGACCAAAUCAAACUGAGGAAAACCGACAAGAGCCAGGAAUUGGUCCAAAGCGAAACCGAAGUGGAAACCAAGCAGCGAGGACCUGGAUACCAACCGCAGCCGACAGAAUCCGGAGUGCACGGCAGAGAAGUCUACGUCACCAAGCAGAAACAAGUACAAAAAGAACAGAAAGGCGACCUGGAGAUCACCAGAAACAUCACAUCUACCGAAACCACCGACGUGGAACACAAAGCCAAGACCUCCGAACGUUUGGUACAAGGCCAACAGCUACCAUCUAACCCUCCGUUCUUCACGAAGAAAAUCCAACCGGUCAGAGCGUUCGAGAACGAUUCCGCCAAGUUCGAAGUCGAAUUCGACGGGGAUCCGCUACCUAAGAUCACCUGGUACAGAGAGGACUUCCCCAUCACCAGCUCGCCCGACCUGAAAGUCUACACGUUCAGCACCAAAUCCAUCCUGCAAAUGAGACAGGUGUUCCUCGAGGACUCCGGCGUCUUCAGCGUCGUGGCGGAGAACCGCGGCGGCACCGCCAAAUGCAGCGCCAACUUGGUGGUGCAGGAGCGCAGGAGGCACGGCCGCACCGGCGCCGUACCGCCCAGCUUCACCACCACCAUCCAAAGCGCCAAAGCCAACGCCGGCCAACUGGUGAGAUUCGACGCCAAGGUCGAGGGCACCAAGCCGAUCGACGUCUACUGGCUAAAGAACGGCAAGAAGAUCUCCUCGGACAUCAGGUACAAAACCCUCGAGGAGGACGAGGUGUACACGCUGCUCAUCAUCGAAGUGGCUCCGGACGAUGCGGGGAAGUACGAGUGCGUCGCCAUGAACAGCUCAGGCGAAUGCAGAUGCGAGGCAGAGUGCUCGGUGAUCGCGCCUGCAGCUCCGCAGAAAUCCUCUAAACCUACUACACCUGGUGCAGAGAAGGCCCCGGUUCUGGUGGAACCUCUGCGCGACCAGACCAUCAAAGAGGGCCAAGCCGUGGUGUUCAGGUGCAACGUAUCCGCCAAACCGGCGCCGAUUAUCAAAUGGCACAAGGCCGACAAGGUCAUCAAGCCUUCCAAGUACUUCCAGAUGACCAAGGAGGGCGACUUUUGCACGCUGAAGAUCUCCGAAGCCUUCCCCGAGGACGAAGGAGUGUACAAAUGCACGGCGGAGAAUCCUGCGGGGACUGUUACUACGCAGGCUAAGUUGAGAGUGCUGGCUCCUGAUGUGCAGGAGGUGGCGCCUUCGUUGACUCCUAUGAGGGAUGUGACUGUAGUGGAGGGUAGUCCUGCUCAGUUCAGGACCACUAUAUCCGGGAAACCCAAGCCUACCAUCCAAUGGCUGAGGGAUGGGUUCCUUAUACCCGAAUCGCCAGAUUUCCAGAUGAUCCAAGAAGGAAACAACGCAAUUCUGCUGAUAUCCUCGACCUACGAAGAGGACACCGGAGUGUUCACCUGCAGGGCCACAUCCUCCGCAGGACAAGUCGAACAAUCCGCCAAGCUUACAGUAAAAAGACGAAUAGGAUCGUACAGAAAAUCAUCGAAAAUCCAAACGGAAGAUCGCUCCGAAGACACCCAAUCGCACAUCAAAGACCAACAGGGUCCCGGGGGCCCGGGCACCACCGCCCAACGGGCCUCCCUGGGCUCCAAGGGGGGCUCGCAGCCCCAACAGGGCGUCGAAUUACCAGUCGGGGACGAGUCGCUGCCUUGGCGACAAAAGGGCAGAACACCGCAGGCUCCGGCGCAGGCUCUAUCGCAGGCUCCGGCGCAGGCUCAACCUUGGACCGAAGAACAGGUCACGUUGAAAGCCACGCGAAGGGAACGGAAGGAGAUACCGAAGGAGAAAAUCGAAGAUGUGGCCUUAAAGCCGCUUCGACACACCGAAGACUCGACUCUUUUGACUCUAAGCGAUAGAGAACAGGAGAUAAUUCGGCGCAAACAGCAACAAAUCCACGCCGAAGACUCCGCCGUAACAGAGCAGGAGAAAGUAGAGCGAGCUGAGCUGGAUCUGGCGCAGAAAGAUUGGCGCAGGAAGCGAGAUCAGAAAGUACCGGAAACUCAACCGAAACCACAAGAACCGGUGCCUUGGACACAACAAGACGUCCAAUUGAAACCAACGCCUCGACAACCUAAAGAACUCAAAAAAGAUACUUUAGAAGAGGUCGUUUUGAAGCCUUUACGAAAAGAGCUCGAACUGGUGCAGAACGCCCAAUUCACGGAAGACACUACUAUUCUCAAACUAGAAGAAUCGCAGAAGAGCGAUGUUAAGAAACGAGGUCAACUUCAACCACUAACUCACACUGAAGAUGCAACGAUUACUAAAAUUGAAGAAAGAGAAGAUAUCACGCGAACUCAACAAGCCGAAUCGCGGGCUUGGAGGAAGCCUAAACCUGCUGAUAAACCAGAAGAAGAAACCGUUUCCCAACCAAUACCUUGGACACAAGAGAAAGUUGCUCUCAAGAAACCUGAAGCGGCAAGAAAAGAACCCACGCAAGAAGAAGAUAAAGAAGAACAGAAACCUAAGGACGUCCCUUGGACGCAGGAAAAAGUCCUCCUGAAGAAAACUCGACGGGAAUCCAAGCAUGUCGAAAAAGACACGAUUGAGCAAGUUGCGCUAAAACCGACUCGACCGGUACAGAGAGCUGAAGAAACUGAAAUAACGCAGCAAACUGCUGAAGAAAUGGAGGUUGUUCAAACUAAAUCGUGGAGGAAGCAGGAGAAGCCUGCUACUCAACAAGUAGCAGGAGAGGAAGUGCCGAAAGUGCAAGAAGCUCGAGAAGAAAUGCUUCCAGAAGAGAAAAGGGUUACUGAAGAAAAACCUAAAGAAGAAAUCGUUCCGUGGAACAAAGAAAAGAUAGUUCUCAAGCGAUCCAAAGUCGAAAGGAAAGAAAUGGUGAAAGAUGAAUUAGAAAAAGUAGAAUUAAAACCAUUCAAGAAAGUUCACACUGAAGAUCAAACUCUAAUUGAACCUGUCGAAGAUGUAGAACAAGAAGAAGAACGUAGAAAAGUAAUUAAAAAGAGAGUUGAAAAAGACAAAGAACAGGUAGUUAAAGAUGACAGGAAAGAGGAAAUAACUGAUACUAAACCUAAGGAAAAAGUUGAAACCAAAGAAGAAACUGCUGAAAUAAAAUCUUGGCGUAAACCUAGACAACCUAUAAAACCUGAAGAAGAACAACCAGUGAUAGAGCAACCAACGGAAGAAAAGCCAUCGCAGAAAGCUCACGAAGAAGAGACAAAAGUACAGAAAGCUGAGGAAGAAAUUAUUCCAUGGAACAAACAAAAGAUUACUUUAAAACGAUCUAAAGUUGAAAGAAAAGAAAUAGUCAAAGAUGAACUAGAAAAAGUAGAACUAAAACCAUUUAAGAAAGUUCAUACUGAAGAUCAAACUCUAAUUGAACCUGUUGAAGAUGAAGAACAAGAAGAAGAGCGUAAGAAAAUAAUUAAGAAGAGAGCUGAAAAAGACAAAGAGCAGGUUGUUAAAGAUACCAGGAAAGAGGAAGUAACGGGUAUUAAACCUGAGGAAAUCACUAAACCUAAAGAAAUAAUCGAAACCAAAGUAGAAACUACUGAAGUGAAAUCUUGGCGUAAACCUAGGCAACCUUUAAAACCAGAAGAAGAACAACCUGCGAUUGAGAAACCAACAGAAGAGAAGCCUUUACAGAAAGCUCAAGAAGAAGAACCAAAGGUACAGAAAGCUGAAGAAGAAAUCAUUCCAUGGAACAAACAACAAAUUACUCUUAAGAGAUCUAAAGUUGAGAGAAAGGAAAUAGUCAAAGAUGAACUAGAGAAAGUAGAGCUAAAACCAUUCAAGAAGGUUCAUACUGAAGAACAAACUCUCAUCGAUGUUGUUGAAGAACAAGAACAAGACAAGGAAAGCAAGAAGAUCGUUAAGAAAAAAGUGGAGAAAAGCAAAGAGGUAAUAAUUAAAGAUAACGAGAAAGAGCAAACGUUCGUCAAACCUGAUGAAACUACUAAACCCAAAGAAAUAAUUGAAACUAAAGAAGAAAUUACUGAGGUGAAACCUUGGCGUAAGCCACGGCAACCUGCAAAACCUGAAGAAGAAAAGCCUACGCAGCAAGUACAAGAAGAAGAAACAAAAGUACAAAAGGCUGAAGAAGAAAUUAUUCCAUGGAAUAAACAACAAAUUACCCUUAAGAGAUCUAAAGUUGAAAGAAAAGAAAUAGUUAAAGAUGAAAUAGAAAAGGUGGAACUAAAACCAUUUAAGAAAGUCCAUACUGAAGAACAAACUCUCAUCGAUGUUGUCGAAGAACAAGAACAAGAUCAAAGUAAAAAGACAAUAAAGAAAAGGGUUCAAAAAGAUAAAGAAACUUUUGUUAGAGAUGAAAUCAAACAAGAAACUCUUCCAACACCAGAAGAAGUCACGAAACCUCAAGAAGUUACUGAAAUAAAAGAAGAGACUACUGAAAUUAAGUCCUGGCGUAAGCCAAGACAACCUGUAAAGCCCGAGGAAGAACAACCAGUGGUGGAACAACCAAAAACAGAAGAAAAACCUUUGGAAAAAGUUAAAGAGGAAGAAACAAUAAAGCAACAGGCAGAAGAAGAAAUCAUUCCAUGGAAUAAACAAAAGAUUACUCUAAAACGAUCUAAAGUUGAAAGAAAAGAAAUUGUAAAAGAUGGAUUAGAAAAAGUAGAACUAAAACCAUUUAAGAAAGUUCAUACAGAAGAUCAAACACUUAUUGAACCUGUUGAAGAUGAAGAACAAGAAGAAGAACGUAAAAAGAUAAUCAAAAAGAAGGUGGUAAAAGACAACGAAAAAGAGGUUAAGGAUGAUUUCAAAGAAGAAACUAAAGUUAAACCUGAAGAAAUUGUGAAGCCUCAGGAAAUUACAGAAGUAGAAGAAGAAACCACUGAAGUGAAAUCCUGGCGUAGACCUAGAAAACCAACGAAACCUGAAGAAGAAAAGCCUGUGCACCAGGUUCAAGAGGAAGAAACUAAAAUUCAAGAAGCAGAAGAAGAAAUUAUUCCAUGGAAUAAGCAACAGAUCACUCUUAAACGAUCUAAAGUAGAGAAGAAAGAAAUAGUAAAAGAUGAACUAGAAAAAGUGGAACUAAAACCAUUUAAGAAAGUUCACACUGAAGAUCAAACUCUUAUUGAACCUAUUGAAGAUCAAGAGCAGCAAGAAGAAACUAAAAAGAUAAUCAAAAAGAAAGUGGUUAAAGAAAAAGAAAAAGUGGUUAAGGAUGAUUUGAAAGAAGAAACUGAAGUUAAACCUGAGGGAAUUGUGAAGCCUCAGGAAAUUACAGAAAUAGAAGAAGAAACCACUGAAGUAAAAUCUUGGCGUAGACCUAGAAAACCAACAAAACCUGAAGAGGAAAAACCAGUGCACCAGGUUCAAGAGGAAGAAACUAAAUUGCAAGAGGCAGAAGAAGAAAUUAUUCCAUGGAAUAAACAGAAAAUUUCUCUUAAACGAUCUAAAGUAGAAAAGAAAGAAAUAGUUAAAGAUGAACUAGAAAAGGUGGAACUAAAACCAUUUAAGAAAGUUCAUACUGAAGAUCAAACUCUAAUUGAACCUGUUGAAGAACAAGAGCAAGAAGAAGAAACUAAAAGGAUUAUCAAAAAGAAAGUGGUUAAAGAAAAGGAAAAAGUGGUUAAGGAUGAUUUCAAAGAAGAAACUGAAGUUAAACCUGAGGAAAUUGUGAAGCCUCAGGAAAUUACAGAAGUAGAAGAAGAAACCACCGAAGUGAAAUCCUGGCGUAGACCUAGAAAACCAACAAAACCUGAAGAGGAAAAACCGGUGCACCAGGUUCAAGAGGAAGAAACUAAAUUGCAAGAGGCAGAAGAAGAAAUUAUUCCAUGGAAUAAACAGAAAAUUUCUCUUAAACGAUCUAAAGUAGAAAAGAAAGAAAUAGUUAAAGAUGAACUAGAAAAGGUGGAACUAAAACCAUUUAAGAAAGUUCAUACUGAAGAUCAAACUUUAAUUGAACCUGUUGAAGAACAGGAGCAAGAAGAAGACCGUAAAAAGAUAAUCAAGAAGAAAGUUGAAAAAGACAAAGAAAUAGUUGUUAAAGACACCAAGAAAGAGGAAAUAACGGAUAUUAAGCCUGAAGAAACAAUCGAAACCAAAGAAGAAACUGUUGAAGUGAAAUCUUGGCGUAGGCCUAGAAAACCUGUAAAACCUGAAGAAGAACAACCAGUAAUUGAGCAACCAACCGAAGAGAAACCUUUGCAAAAAGUUCAAGAAGAAGAGACUAAAGUACAGAAAGCUGAAGAAGAAAUCAUUCCAUGGAAUAAACAACAAAUUAAUCUUAAGAGAUCUAAAGUUGAAAAGAAGGAAAUAGUUAAAGAUGAACUAGAGAGAGUAGAACUAAAACCAUUCAAAAAAGUUUAUACUGAAGAUCAAACUCUUAUUGAACCUAUUGAAGAUGAAGAACAAGAAGAUAAAAGUAAGCAGGUAAUCAAAAAGAAAGUUAAAAAAGAUAAAGAAAAGGUCGUUAGAGACGUUCAAAAAGAGGAUAUAGUUGAGAAACCCGAGGAAAUUGCUAAACCUGAGGAAACAGCUAAACCUGAAGAUAUAAGUGAAGAAAUAACAGAAGUAAAAUCUUGGCGCAAACCUAGACAGCCAAUUAAACCUAAAGAAGAGGAGCCUGUAGUGGAAGAAGCAAAAACUGAAGAAAAACCAGAACAAGAAGAACAACCUAAAGUCGAAGAACUAGACAAACCAACAGAUAAACCUGAAGAAAAACCGAAGAAGAAACGCAUUCCUCUGGAAGCUAAAGAAGAAAUAGUUCCAUGGAACCAACAAAAAAUUGAAUUGAAACCGUCCAAAGUGAGUAAAAAGGAACAGAGCAAAGUUGAAUUGGAAGCAGUAGACUUAAAACCAGUUAAGAAAACUGUCGAAGAAACAGCUAUUAAACAAAUAGAUGAAGAAGAAAUCGAAGAAAUCGAACUUAAACCGAAAGAAUUUGUAAAGAAAACAAAGAAAGACAGCGACAAAAUCACUGAAGAAAAAUUGAUAACUGAAGAAGAAAAAGAAAAGGAACCAGCAAAAUCCAAAGAAAUUAAAAAGAAAAUCAAGAAAGAGAAGAAGAUUGAGAAAGACGAUAGAAUACACGAAAGAGAAGAAACAGUUGAUACUUCACCUGAAGAAGAAACAACUAAGAAAGUUACUGAGCAAUCUCUUAUAGUUGAAAAGGCAGAAGAAAUUGACAAGCAACCGCAACUUGCUAAGGAAGUAACUGUUCCAGAGGAAGAAGAGGUUACUCCAGAAAAAGUGCAAUUGAAGAAAACUCCAAAACAAAUCCAGCCGAUUGAAAAACCAACAAUGGAAACUGUUACAUUGAAACCUGUUAAAAAACAACAAGCAGAAGAAAAACCUAAAUCAUCUUCAGAAGAAGAAGAAGAAAUCGAAGAAGUGAUUGAAGUUGGCAAAACGAAACGAACGAGAAGGAAGAAACCGAAGAGGAAACCUGUACGAGAAACGACUGAAGAAAUUAAAGACGUCGAAGAAAUCAAGCCUGAAGCAGAGGAAAUUCAGAGAGUCGAAUUACCAGAAUCUGUAAUAGUGGAAACAGUUGUAGAAAUCGAAGAUACGGUGGUUUUGAAAUUGGACGAUCAAGAAAAACCGAAACCUAAGAAACCUAAAAAGUACGAACAAGAAGAGGUCAAAGUUGAAGAAUUGCCGAAACUGAAGCCUGUGCCUAAAUCACAACCUAAACCUGAAGAAGCUGAAAUUGAACAAGUUACGUUAAAACCGAUACCUAAAGCGGAAGAACAAAAAGAAGAAGUUACCGUCAAGAAGAUCAAAAAGAAGAGACCUCAAAAAGAAGAAGAAAUGCCAGAACCUGAGGAAAUCGAGAAAUACGUACCAGAAGUUGCUGAAAAGGUCGAAAUUGACAAGAAACCUAAGGAAACCAAGGAAAUAGAAGAAACUCCUUGGCGAAGACAAGAGAAGCCUAAAAAAGAAAUACCAGAAGAAGAAAAAAUUACUCUGAAAAUAGGCAAAGGCAAAAUACCUUUAGAAGAAGAAUCUAAAGAAGAAGUCAAACUAAAACCUGUAAAGAGGCAACCAAAAGGUCCAGAAGAAGUUCCGGAAAAAUCUACAUUUAAACCUUCACCAGAAUCUAUCGCUACACCUAAAGAAUACGAGAAACCUGAGUUUGACGUGUCGCCCAAGACCACCGACGAAAAACUCGAAAUAAUCGAACAAAAAGCUGAAGAAAUAUCCGAAGAAAUCAGAGAAGCCCAACCUAUCGUCGAAGAACCCAAAGCACCAUGGAGACGAACCGUUAAGGAGAAACCUAAACCUGACGAAGAAUCCAAAGAAAUGCCGAAAGGUAAGAGGAAGCCUCUACCCGAAGAAGAAAAGGAAGAAAUCAAAUUGAAACCUAUCAGUAAAGAAAAACCUGAAACACCUGUGCAAAAAGUUCAAAUAGAAACCAUCAAACGAGAAUUUGCUACAGAAAUUCCUCUCAGCGAACACGAUGACACAAUAGCAAUCAAAGCCCUUGAUAAAAAAGAAGAAAUUGAAGAAGAAACCGUCCAAGUGAAAACCAAGAAAAUCAGAAAAGUCAAACAAAAAACCGUCACCUUCGACGAAGCCAAAAUCGUCGAAGAAAUACCAACAGAAGAAGAACUAACCGAAGAAGAACGAACCGAAAUAGAAAAAACCAUCCUCCAAAAGCGCACCAAGCCCAAAACCAUCGCCCCAAGGUUCACCCAAAGAGUCGAGCCUGCGGUCGCCGAAGAAGGCAAACCUUCGCUGCUGACCUGCAAAGUCGAAGGCGCGCCCUUCCCCGACAUCACCUGGUACAAAAACGAGAAAGUGCUGCAAAGCACCGAGCGAGUCUUCGUCAACAUCGUCGAGAACACCGUCUCCUUGGAGUUCGCCAAGGUCGAGCCCCAGGACGUCGCCAUAUACUCCUGCAAAGCAUCGAAUCCCGCCGGCGUUGCCACGUCUACGGCGAACCUCGUCAUUCUAGAAAAAGAAGAACCUGGCGAAGCCCCGCGCUUCACACAACCGCUGCAACCGAAGAUAGUCGGAGAAGACCAAGCAGCUUCGAUGGAAUGCGUGGUGACCGGCCAACCAACACCCGAAGUUCAUUGGUUCAAAGAAGGAAAACCGCUCAAACCUUCCACUCAACAUGUACAAUCGUUCAACCCCGCCACUGGCGUGGCUACUUUGGAGAUAUCCAAACCUACGCCAGAAGACGAGAAGAUCUACAGCGUGAAAGCCUCGAACAAGUUCGGGCAAGCCGAGUGCCGGGCCAAUUUGGUGAUAUCCAAAUCGGUUUCGGUCGCGCAACCGGUGGUUCUUCACGCUCCCAGGAUCACCAAGCCGGUGCGAGCUGCGCUGGUGAAACCCGACGAAGACGUCGUGCUGGAAGCCGGCUUCGAAGGCACCCCCCAGCUGGAGGUGACUUGGUUGCGAAACGGCGCCGAGAUCAAACCCAGCGACGAUUUCCGCAUCGAAACCGAAGCUAACGCCACUAAGCUGGUGAUCAAGAAGAAAGUGGCCAAGAGGCAGAAGGGCGGCAAAUACGAAGUGAGGGUUGUCAACAAAAGAGGCGAAGCUAGGUCUUCGGGAUCGGUAACCGUAGUGGAACAACGUUCGGACGCCCAACCGCCGCGCUUCGUGGAAGUGAUCAAACCGCAGAAGGCUUUAUUAGGCGAUACCGUCAUCCUCGAAGCUAUCGUCGAAGCUACACCUGAAGCUACAUUCCAAUGGUUCCACGAUCUCACCCCGAUCACACCGUCGCAAGCGCGUAGAGUCGUCACCAAACACAACAAAUCCGUGUUACUGAUAACCGAAGUAACUCCGGAAUUCGCAGGCUCCUACACCUGUCGAGCGGAAAACGCAGUAGGCUCUGUCACCUGCACGUCCACGCUGAACCUGAUAGACGACACCGAAUGGGAGGAAACCAAAGAACUCGAGUACCCGAGGUUCGUCAAGCGCCUCUCGCCCGUCAGAGUCAUGGACGGGGAAAAGGUGGAGUUUAGCUGCGUGGUGACCGGCAAACCGGUACCCAAAGUCCAAUGGUACCACAACGACGUCGUCGUCGACGAAGCCAAGGACAUUACGAUCUACCAAGACACCGAAGGCCUUUGCACAUUGGCCAUAAGCGAGGUGUUCCCGGAAAACGCGGGAGUGUACACUUGCGAAGCCGUAAAUCGCGUCGGCGAAGCCAUCUGCAAAUCGUCGUUGAUCGUGGAAGCCUACGAAUACGUACCAGACUCGGAAUUGGGUCACAUGACCGGUUCCGAAGAGGAUCUGCUGGCCGACAAGACCAUAAGCGAAACCGAUCUCUUCCCGUCGGAUACGGAAGCCGAAGUAGCGCCGAAGAUAGUCAAGAAACUUCCCCAAGUGGUUACCGUCAAAGAUGGCGAAGUAACCAAGUUCGAAGUACAAGCUGUAGGCAAACCUAAACCCGAAGGCAAAUGGCUGAAACACGGCGAGGAAAUCGUACCGUCUCAGGAGUUUGUUAUCGAGAACUUCGAAGACGGCACCUCCGUGCUGACCAUCUCCGAAGUCCUGCCCGAGGACACGGGAGCCAUAACGUACGAAGCUGCUAAUCCUCUAGGAGUAGCAGUCACCACCUCCGAGCUCCUCGUCGAAACUACAGAAGGUAUCGUCGGGACCAAGGACUACAGGAAGCCUGAGUGGGUGACCCAUAUGGAAGAGCUCUCCACCGCACUUAAAGGUAAUAUCGCAGAUAAUCGCAGCUUAUCGCAUGAUUUGUCGUAUGAUAUAUCAGCCGAUAGCCUGGAAUCCAUGACCAAGCGCGAAACCGAAGGUAAGGUAAGAAAGAGGCUCUCGUUUAGCGGUAACCUGGCUGCCAAGGAGCCUUUCUAUCUAACGCAAUCGCACCAUUCGAUCCAAAGCGAGCCUGCGAUGAGCGGGGAAUCCAAAUCCAGCGAUUUCAUCACAGCUGCCAUGUCGGAUUAUCUCAACUCUCACAGGCACUCGCUGAGUUCCGUGAUGGAGCUGAUCAAAUCUCCAGCGUUCCCGGAAGAAUUCCUCAGCAAAAACUCCGCUGGUCUCAAAGAAGAAGAAACUCAAACCGAUCUCUUCGACAUCCUAUCGCCCAUAGAGGAAAAGAGCGAGCCUUCGACGGGCAGCAGCAGCCUGAAGGGCAGCGGAGGCUCGGACAGGCGCAAAUACUACGACUCCCUGGGCAAAUACUCGAGCUCCUGCAAUAUGAUCCCCUCGGAAACGAGCGAAACCAAAAUGGCCGAGAGAUACCGGACGUUCCCGAGGGUUAAGAGCGACAAUUACAUCAAACACGACGACGAGGAGGAGUACGAACUGGGCGACAACAACCCCAUGUUCCCGCUGGAGCCCAGAGAGAUCGAUCCCAGCGCUUUCUUCCAGCUGCACACGGCCGACAGCCAGGAGGAGCUGCAGGAGUUCCUGCUGCUGGAGAGCGAGUGCAUGGACGACGACGGCAACGAUUGCGGCCUGGCCUCGGCCUUCGUGCCGGAGCCCUCUAGCGGCUUCGAAGCCGCGAAAAGUCCACCCACAUUCAUCAAUGAAAUCAAAGACAUUCGAACCACCGAAGCUGAAACAGUCAAGUUUGAAUGUCUUCUAUCAGGAACACCUACACCAGACGUGAUCUGGUAUCACAACGACAAAAUCAUCCGGAACACCGAGAGGAUCAAAGUGAGAAUAGAAGAUAACAGGACGAGCGUAACCAUAACAGACGUAGCUGAUGAAGACGUCGGUUCGUACGUUUGCCGAGCGGUGAGCGAAACCGGCGAAGCUACCAGCAAAGCCAAGUUGUACGUUCAAGAAAUACCCGAACACAAGAAGCGCGAAUUGAAGCUGAAGCGAGCCAAAGAGGAAGAGGAGAGGAUCAAGAAGGAACGGGUUAAGAUCGAGAAGAAGAAAACUGAAAGGAGACGGGUCACUACUAAAUUUACCGAUGAAGAAAAACCUUUGGACGUUACCGAAGUGCAAGCUAUCGAAUCGACCAAAGAAAUCCCCGAAGCCACCAAACCGGAGAAGGCGAAACCUAUUUUGGAUUUGCAACAACCUUUAGGUACCGAAGCGAUAGCAACGGCUAAGAAGAUAGACGACCACAGCGAGGAAUUGCCCGAAGAAAAAGCCACCGAGCUGCUCUCGCCCGCCGAAGCUACAUACCGCGAGGAAAUCCUAACCGAAGAGAUCAUCAAGGACAUCGAAAAGAUCCUUCCGAGGACAUCCAAAGCCGCUCGAACCGUCCAACAAGGCGUCACCGAGCUGGCCGAAAUCAACCUAGACCAAAUCAUCGACAGAUGCGAGAAGAUCAUCCGCAAGAGCGAAACGAAGAUGGCCAAGGAGGUGUCCCAGAUGCUGAAGUUCACCAGUCCCAAGGAGUUCGGGCCGGGCGAGAACCCGCUGAGGGAGAUCGCCGAGAUCGGCUACCUGCUCAAGAACGGCAUCACCGUCAAGGAGGUGACGGUGCUCUACGAGGAGGACAGGUUCCCGUCGCUGAAGUCGCCCCAGGCCCAGUCCGCUUUGGUCAACGUCGUCGAGAGGAAGGGCUACGGGCCGCUGGUGUCCGAGGUGCUCACCGAGGAGAGCGCCGUGGAUGAGAGCAAACUCGCCGCCACCGUGGGCUUCCGCGCCUUCAUGAAGAUGAUAGAGGCCGAGUACGUUACCAUCGAGGAGGUCAUCACCAGCUUCACGCCGCAGGACUUCCUGCAGCGGUUGUGGGAGACUGCCGAAGUCACCGAGGUCACGACCAAGUCUAUUUCUGAGACUGCUACUUUGCUCCAAGAAGUCGAAAUUUUGGAAGAUUCUGGAAAAAUCAUAAAGAAGCAGAAGAAGAAGAAAGACGAGAAAAUCGAAGAAAUCGUUCAAGUCGAGGAAGACACGCAGAGGGAAAUUCGACAGCAGGGAAAAUCCGUUGUUGAGGAAAAUCGCGACGUUGUUAAAAAGAAAGGCUCCGCAGAAGAAGUGGAAAUAGAAGAAAUCAUCGACGAAGAGCGAGUGGUUAAGAAGAAAAUCCAAAUGUACAAACCUCGCACCAACGAAUACGACAUAGAAGAAGAAGAUACAGGUGUACUAGAACCCACUGAACUACCCGCUCAAAAAGAACUACCGUUGAGCUCAUCUAAAAUUGUCCAAGAAGCAGUUACCACUGGCGAAAUAUCCCACAUCGACCAAACAAUCGAUAACCUAAAAGCCACCGUUGAUAUCCUACCGCAUUCUGCAAUAAUCAGCAAAGAAAUCGAAAUAAACGAAACCGAAAAAGCCUACCAAGGUAUCCCCAGCCUAUCUGCCACAGCAGAUACAAGGAUCGAUAACGUUGAAGCUGUUCAAAUAACGGAACAAACGGCGCAAACGGUGCCGGGAAGCUUCGAUGAGGUUUUCAAGCCGGCCAGUUCCAGCGCACAUCAGGUGUUGCAACCUCUGGAAGGCGUGCAAAUCGAGCAAAUCACCUUGGGAGACACCUCGAGCAAAUACGAAACCGCUCAAGUACAAGACAACAAAGCCGUGUUGACUAUUAUACCUCAAGAAGCUAAGACUGUUUCCGAAACUGAGGCAUCGCUGAAGGAAUCCGAAUUCACCCCAGCGACAACAGAAAACGCUAAACCCCUGGAAAUAAACACCUCAGCUACGUACUCCGAAGCAGUGGCUUUGAGCCUAGCUCCGGAGAUCAACGAGGAGGUACAAGAAGGCAAAGCAUCGGUGGAUUUAUUACCGCACACUUCACUUUUAAACGAAACUGUUUACGUGGAGGAACAAGAAAAAACCGGCGAUCGCUUCGAACCCACCACAUCUCUAGCCAGCAAGUCCAUAGAUGCUCUAGAGACAUUCGAAACAACCGAAACGACCGUCCAAAGCACCACCGGCGAAUACGUGCCGCAACCUAAACCUAACGAAUACAACGCUUCCGCGGAAUUCGUGUCCAAAGAAAGCCUGAUUGUUCAAGAACACAACCUAGGAGACUCCCCUGGUGACUUCCAUAAAGUAGAACAACUAGCAGAAAACGCCAGCAUCGCCAUCGUUCCUCAACAAGCCGCCAACAUCACCGACGUUCAAGCAUCGCAAAAGGAAACCGACCUGGAGGACUUCACCAAACCGACCGGAGUCCACGCGCAGCCGGCGUUCACCACCACAGAAGGCCUGCACGUGGAGGAAGUCCAACAAGCCAUGGCCGAAGAGGACCUGAAGCUCACCAAACCGAUCCCCAUCAAACCCAGAUACAACAUCGACGCCAGAGAGCCGCUGAGCGUGGAGGAAGUGCUAGCGCAAGAUAAACCCGGCAAACAUCUUCCGGAGGCGUUCGUAGCGACCGAAGUCGCCACGAAGAGCGUCAUCGCGCAGAAGUCGCUGCAGCAAACGCAAACCGUAGCUCCGGAAUUGGAAGGCGAGUAUAUACCCGGCAGGCUGCCGCCCUCGCAGAAGGCGAGCUUCAACAUCGCCGCCGAAGAAGGCGUCGUGGUUUCGCAAACGGAGGUUUCCGAAAAAGAGAACGAAUUCGAUGGGGAAUUCGUGGCAGAGAGCGGACAAGCCGUGGAGAACAUAAUUCUAUCGGAGGGCGUGAGCGUCAGCGCCGUGGACACGCAGCAACCGCAAGGGGACAUCGCCGUGGAGGCGCCGAACCUCCAGCAGAGCUCGGUGGAGUUAUCUCCGUUGGAAUCGCUGGUGUCGCAGACUACGUUUUACAACGAGAAGGAGAUGCAGUACGAAGACCAACCGGUCGAUUACAAGAGCGCCGGAGCUUCGUUUACUUACCUGGAAAGCACCAGUCAAACUGUUACCACUGUGCAGGAAUCGGAGGAUACCCUUCCAGAUUUCUCCCAACCUACCAGCAUACUACCAGAAGUAUCCGUAGCGCCCAACCAAUCCCUUACGAUCGAAGAAAUCGAAACCAACGAACUACCCAGCGACUUUACCUCGCUGCCUAAGUUCAAGACAGACGUAGUUUCAGUAGACAUCCAAACCCAGGAAGCCACCAACAUCACCGAAACCCACCCAGGAGAAACGGAAACCCAAUAUGAACACCUCCAACAAGAAACCUACAACAUCGAAUCCUCUUUGACAAGAACCUUAGAAGAAGUCACCGUAACUCAAUCGGAUAUACUCGAAACUGAGAAGGAACUCAACGAAUUCGAGCUGCCUGAAUCCAAGAAGGUCAAGCAACUACCUGGUAAUUUACUACCUAUAGGACUCAUCGAGGAAACCACACCAGAAGAUACCAUCGGCGCUCUGAAGGAACCCACCAAAGACGAAGGUAAAGCUAACGUGCAACAAUCGAUCCGCAGCGAAGUGGUCGUAUCCCAAGCAAUUCCAACUGAAAACAUCAAAGAUAUUAAGGAUGAAAUCGCGGAAACGAAACAAGCUACUCAAACUUUAUACCACAACACUGCCAUAAACGUGACGGAAACUCGAACUGAAGACAGCGAGAAACCUUACACGCCUGGCGAAGCUCCCGUAGGCGUACACGCCACGCCUGACAUCUCCAGCAGACUGGUAGCCAGCAACAUUCUCACGGAGACCAGAGAGCACACUUCGAACCUCCAAAUCGACCAGCCACAGGAGGUAACCGCGGCUGCGGAACAAGAAGCCUUAAACACGCUGGAAGUAACUGAACUCGAAUUAGCCGAAAAGGAAAAAGACUACGUAGAAGCCAAGCCCGAAGGUAAGAACGUCGUGGUGAACUUAACCGAGCUUCUAUCGGGCGCUAACGUCUCACUGGUUCAAACUAACGAGAAAGAAGAAACAUACGAAGACAAGCCCAAACCAUUACAAUUACUGGCAUCGCAAGCAUUAACCACCCAAGAAGUCUUCGUCACGUCCCAAAUCGAAAGCGUGGUGCACGCGGAUUUCAUCGAAGAAGAAGAAAUACCCACCGGCAAAGCGAAGAAAUACACCAAACCUUUCACCGAACUCGUAGUAACAGAAACCAACGUUACUGACGUGGAGAAGCUUUUCCCUAAAGAACUUUUACCGUACGAAAAGCAAGCUAACAUGGAAAUUCUACCGGGUCAGGCUCUGACCAUCACAGAAACCCGAGCCGACCAAAAGGAAGGCGAUUUGAAGCUGCCCGAAGCCGAGCAAUCCUCUGCUCAGGUGAGCUUCGACGAACAACGAGUGGCGUUGCACGAACAAAUAACAGCGCAAGCUGUUCCCGGUGAAUUGACCCAAACAACUCCGGAAUCCCACACGGCUAUCGCCAGUCGAGAUGCUGCUAUAGCUCUAACUCAAACGGAAAUUACCGUGGGAGAGAAGGAAGCUACCAAAUUGGAGGACGUGGUGCCGGAGGCCAAGCAAGCCAGCAUGGAAAUUCCCGAAGCUAUAAGCUUGAAUAUAACCGAAGUAACCGCAGACGAUAAGGAAAAAUCGCUGCCCGAAGCUAAGCAACUGGAAUCGUUCGAAGGACAUUCGACUGUUGUACCGUUCAUCAGCGCUGUUACAGAGGAAACUGUUCACAACGAAUCCAUGAGCAAGUUCGAUGAACAAGAGGUUAGUAAAGAGCAAGCCCAGCGGGAUUACAUACCGGUGGAUAGCUUCAAAACCACCGAAACUAUUUCAUUCGAAUCUGAAGACGUGCUAUCGGAAAUUGCACCGUCGAGGAGACAAGCCCAACCGGAAUUCCAGAUCACCGAAGGUUUAACCGUCACCACGGUAUCCCCGGAAGAUAGAGAACAAUCGUUCACGAGUGAAGAACCCGAAAAGAAAACCGUGGAUACGUCUCUGAUACCUCAAGAUGUAGUACAAGUCCAAGAAAUUUUGCCGAGUGACGCCUUUGGAGACUUCAAAAAAGAAGUAACUGAUACUCAGUCAGCGAUCGAAGUUCAAUCCGAGCAUCAAAGUCUCGUGAACAUCGAAGCUGUUCCAGGCGAAAGCGAAUCAAAUCUAGCGGAGGAACUUAAACCCACUGGACAUACUGCUGAGGUAAACUUCGAGAAUUUAACCGUCAGCCAGGUAUCCGAAAUUGUACCGUCGGAGAAAGAAAACGAAUACCAAUCUCCGGAAUUGUCUGAAGGAAAAUCAGCCACCAAAUCCAUAGAUGUCCAACCGGUGGCCGAAACAUCUCUAGUACAAACGGAAGAAUCUACUCGUGAGGUGUCCGAGGAACAACGCACUUUAGCUAACGCAGAAGUUGAACAAACAACGCUGGAAUCCUUAGUACAAACCAAAGCGUUUGUCCAAGAAAACGAAUCAUACUUUGAUAAAAUCGAUGCACCAUCAAAGAGCGCUGAAGUAUCCUUCAUCCCGGACCAAAGUCUCACCAUCACCCAAACGAUUUCUCAUGAAAACGAAGCUCAAUUACCCAAAGACAUCAAACCAGAGUCAUACCAAGCAGCGCCUGGUCUGGAAACUUUCUCAACAUCUCUAAGCACCGAACACAAAUUGCUGGAUACAGCCGGUGAUUUCGAGUCGAGCGAAGCACUAGCUGCCAACGCUCAAACUGAAAUCUCUUCAUUACCCACGGCUGUUUUGAGCGAGACGGUAGCUUCGGAAUUGGAGAGCCAAGCGCCUGAGCAACAGAAACCUAAACCACAGGAUGCUUCAGUUUUGAUGGAUGAAGACCAAACUGUUACAGUCGAAACGGUGAUGGUGCAUGAAAAUGAAACCGAAUUAGCUGAGCUAAAACUCAGCGAAACCUACGCGCAGCAAAACCUAUCCGAAGCUGGCGUGGUUGUCGUGCAAUCUCAACCUUUGGUCGAAGACGGAUUGAAGACGCUCGAAAGCGAGGCUUCUAAUGAAGGUAAAGCGCUCGAAUCCACGAUACCCUUGGAUUCCAUCAUUGUAUCAGAACAAACCGUUAUGGAUAUCGAACGCGAAUUCACUGCCAGUAUUGCUGAACCCAAAUCAUCAGCUACCAUUUCCUUGGAAGCCAAAGAAUCUAUUACAUUAACCGAGGAAAUACUAGGACAGAAAGAAGGGGAGCUCAACGAAUUUAACGUUCCAGAAACCAAGCAAGCCCAAAGCUUGUUGGACACUCCGCACAGAGUAGCUGAACAAUCAAUCAACGAUUUACACGAAGCUAUUGGUGAACACAAACCCGCGCAACCCGAGGAACUCGUAGCGCAGCAAAAGGAAGACACUCUGAAUCCUUUGGUCGUAUCAGAAAAUGUUGUGCACGAAAACGAAACGGAAUUUACUGGAACAUUCAAACCGACAACAUCCGAAGCAAAUGUUGCUUUGGAAGAAAAAUCCUUCGGUUUAAACAUAACCGAGUUAACAGUUCAAGAAAAGGAGCAAUCUUUGGAAGAUUUCCAAUCUGCCGCCCAGCAUAAAGCUACGUUUGACUUGGAAGUCAUGGCUGUUCCAGAAAAACUGGAAACCCAACCGGCGGAUACCUUCAAAGACUUCGCAACCAUACCGGAAGGUUCCACCACAGCGAACGUGGAAACCAUCCUGCACCAGGAAGUGGUGGAAACCCACCAUCAAGUACAAGAAAAAGAGUCUGAUUUCACACCUGGUGAAUCUGAAAAGCGGCAAGCGCACGCGCAGAUCGACAUCGAAACCGCCGUUUCCUCCAUGCAGAUCAUCACAGGCGAAAGAGAGCAGCCUUUCGACGAAGCUAAACGCCCCGAAGCCGCUUCGGCUGAACCUGCCGUAAUCGAAAACACCAGCUCCCAGACUACGGAGGUUCUGACGCAUUCCAUGACAAGCGAACUGCAACCAGUCGAAGCUAAAUCAGCUCAGGCUCUGCCAGAAUUCAGCCCAUCGGAAGGCCUUACGCAAGACAAACCCCUGGUUAUAGAAAGCCUCGGCGACUACGAAGGAAGAUUAAUCGUGGACACCAAGACAGCUACUCGAAAACUGGACACUGUAUCCGGAGUUACUAUAAGCGAGGUACUAUCAGAGGCUGUAGCGCAAGAGUUCAAGGAAAGUCCAGAACUGGGCACCAAAGCCGAGACUCUCUUGGAUACCAUGAGGCCUGUUGAAGCUUCUGAAGUAAUCACUAAUGAGGAUAUUUCGGAAUUUAAACCAGAACACGUUAAAGAAUCCAAUGUUAACAUCGAAACCAGUACGUUCGAAAGCAUCAUGGAAAUAGAGAAUAUAGUACACGAGAGAGAAUCAGAAUUCUCAGCUUCACCAGCAACCGAUUUGAAGACGGCUGAAACUAUAAUUUCCGAAGUUGGCGGUUUGAAUGUUACAGAAAUUAUCACAAAUGAAGGGGAACUUCCUUUAAAGCCCGUUGGAUUGGAUGAGAAGCAAUCAGAAAUCAACGUAGUACCACACAAAUCACUCACCAGAUCCGAAAUAGUUCCUGGAGACACCACGACACAAUUCGAUAGGCAAACUACCUUCAAGGACAACGCUAGGCAAUCGCAGGACGAGUUGGAAAGCCUAAUCGUCACAGAGAAGCAAAUCCACGAAACCGAACAACCCCUAACAGAAGAACAACCUGACAGGAAAACCAUCAACAUCGAAUUCACACCUGGUGAAUCCCUAUCUAUCUUUGAAACCAUAGCAAACGAACUGGAAGAGAUACUAACAGAGAAACCUACCACAACAUCAACCGCGGAAAAGUUAAUCACUCCUAGCGAAGCCACGGAAAUCACCGAAGUCCAAUCGGAAUUCUCCAUCAGCGACAUCUCCGAGAAACCAACCGAAGAAAAAUUCGCCACCAAAGACCAAAUACCCUUCAAGCCUCUGAACGUAACGGAAACAGUUCACGCGGAACAGGAAACGACUUUCCAACGCUCCGUAACCGAAGCGGAAAAAUCCGUCGACGUUUCCUUAGAGAAACCCGGAAAAACCGCCGAAAUCACCGAAGUACUAUCGAGCCAAACCGAAUCACCAUUCACCAGUGAUAAGUACAAAACGGAGAAGGCCACGACUACUCUCACCGAGCACGUUGUCGUGGAACGCCAGAAAGUAGGCGCCUUGGAAGAUGCAGCAAACCUCACCGUAGAGAAGAAAGAAACCUUACAACAAGCCACAGUACAACAGGAUUCCCUACAAAGCCUAACCGAAACUGAUGUAGUAGCGCAAGCGAUCGCUCAAGACAUCGAUGUAGUUACACCGAAACCUUCCAAAGCUAGCGAAACGAUAUCCUUGAAAGAAAGCCUAGUGGUAACUGAAGUGCUAACGCACGGACAAACCGGCCAGGACGUACAACAAGUCUCCGCCACGGAAACCACAGCAAAACGAGAAAUCCAACAGAAAACCGUGGUUGUCAGCGAAGAAACCACCUCCUUGCAAUCCCACGACCUACUGGAAACCGAAAAACUCACCCGCCACAAAGGCCAGUUGAAUUACGUCGAUUUUCCUCAACACGAGAUCGUCGUGAACGAAGCGACGCCCCAAGAUAAUCUAGGAACACUAGACCAAUCACGGCCCACUUCGAAAACCGUUAAAAUCGUGAUGGCCGAUACAACACCUACACUACAAAUCACUGAAGUGUUGCUGCAAGAACAAGAGGGCACACUGGAGGUACCAGAAAUACAUAAAACACAAGCCAGAGAAACACGAACAAGUACAGUGGAUAACAAGGUCGAGCACAUACAGACAAACAUUCAACACGACACAGACACGGAAGAAACGAAAGAGAUCAUAACGAACUUUAGGUCGACGCCGGAAGGGACGGAGAACGUGAAGAUCAGGAGGACGAUCAUAAGGAAAAAGAAGAAGCGGGAGGGAGAUAACGAUGUUGUGAUUGAUGAGGUGAUUGAACGUACGGGGCCCGAGCCGGAUGAGGAGGAAAGCAGGGUGGAUAUAGUGGAAAUGGAGGAGGAAAUGGGCGAGGAGAGGAUUGAAGAGGAUAAACCGAAAUAUGAUGUAGAAGAGAUGCCUGAUGAGGAAUUUGCUGGGAAAACAGAUUAUGUAGUAGAAGAAAUGCCCGAAGAAGUUCAAGUAAGUGAAGUUAUCACCCAAGAUGGCAAGAAAAAGAAGAAAGUAAUUAAAAAACGUGUAAUUAAGAGGGUUAAAGAUGGUAAACAAGAACAAACUGAAAUUGUUACUGUUGAAGAAGAAGGUAAAAAACCUGAAACUACAGUUACUGUUGAAGAAUUUGAAACGCCUGCUGAAGAAAUACCUGAAAAACCAACCUAUGUAGUUGAAGAAAUGCCAGAAGAAGUUCAAGUAAGUGAAGUUAUCACCAAAGAUGGUAAGAAGAAGAAGAAAAUAAUUAAAAAACGUGUAAUUAAGAGAGUUAAAGAUGGUAAACAAGAACAAACUGAAAUUGUUACUGUUGAAGAAGAAGGUAAAAAACCAGAAACUACAGUUACUGUUGAAGAAUUUGAAACACCUGCUGAAGAAAUACCUGAAAAACCAACUUAUGUAGUUGAAGAAAUGCCAGAAGAAGUUCAAGUAAGUGAAGUUAUCACCAAAGAUGGUAAGAAGAAGAAGAAAAUAAUUAAAAAACGUGUAAUUAAGAGAGUUAAAGAUGGGAAACAAGAACAAACAGAAAUUGUUACUGUUGAAGAAGAAGGUAAAAAACCUGAAACUACAGUUACUGUUGAAGAAUUUGAAACGCCUGCUGAAGAAAAACCUGAAAAACCAACCUAUGUAGUUGAAGAAAUGCCCGAAGAAGUUCAAGUAAGUGAAGUUAUCACCCAAGAUGGUAAGAAGAAGAAGAAAAUAAUUAAAAAACGUGUAAUUAAGAGAGUUAAAGAUGGGAAACAAGAACAAACAGAAAUUGUUACUGUUGAAGAAGAAGGUAAAAAACCUGAAACUACAGUUACUGUUGAAGAAUUUGAAACGCCUGCUGAAGAAAAACCUGAAAAACCAACCUAUGUAGUUGAAGAAAUGCCCGAAGAAGUUCAAGUAAGUGAAGUUAUCACCCAAGAUGGUAAGAAGAAGAAGAAAAUAAUCAGAAAACGUGUCAUUAAGAGGGUUAAAGAUGGUAAACAAGAACAAACAGAAAUUGUUACUGUUGAAGAGGAAGGUAAAAAACCUGAAACUACAGUCACUGUUGAAGAAUUUGAAACGCCUGCUGAAGAAAAACCUGAAAAACCAACCUAUGUAGUUGAAGAAAUGCCUGAAGAAGUUCAAGUAAGUGAAGUUAUCACCCAAGAUGGUAAGAAGAAGAAGAAAAUAAUCAAAAAACGUGUUAUUAAGAGGGUUAAAGAUGGUAAACAAGAACAAACAGAAAUUGUUACUGUUGAAGAGGAAGGUAAAAAACCUGAAACUACAGUUACUGUUGAAGAAUUUGAAACGCCUGCUGAAGAAAAACCUGAAAAACCAACCUAUGUAGUUGAAGAAAUGCCUGAAGAAGUUCAAGUAAGUGAAGUUAUCACCCAAGAUGGUAAGAAGAAGAAGAAAAUAAUCAAAAAACGUGUCAUUAAGAGGGUUAAAGAUGGUAAACAAGAACAAACUGAAAUUGUUACUGUUGAAGAAGAAGGUAAAAAACCAGAAACUACAGUUACUGUUGAAGAAUUUGAAACGCCUGCUGAAGAAAUACCUGAAAAACCAACUUAUGUAGUUAAGGAAAUGCCCGAAGAAGUUCAAGUAAGUGAAGUUAUCACCCAAGAUGGUAAGAAGAAGAAGAAAAUAAUUAAAAAACGUGUAAUUAAGAGGGUUAAAGAUGGUAAACAAGAACAAACAGAAAUUGUUACUGUUGAAGAAGAAGGUAAAAAACCUGAAACUACAGUUACUGUUGAAGAAUUUGAAACGCCUGCUGAAGAAAUACCUGAAAAACCAACUUAUGUAGUUGAAGAAAUGCCCGAAGAAGUUCAAGUAAGUGAAGUUAUCACCCAAGAUGGUAAGAAGAAGAAGAAAAUAAUCAAAAAACGUGUCAUUAAGAGGGUUAAAGAUGGUAAACAAGAACAAACAGAAAUUGUUACUGUUGAAGAGGAAGGUAAAAAACCUGAAACUACAGUUACUGUUGAAGAAUUUGAAACACCUGCUGAAGAAAAACCUAAAAAACCAACCUAUGUAGUUGAAGAAAUGCCAGAAGAAGUUCAAGUAAGUGAAGUUAUCACCCAAGAUGGUAAGAAGAAGAAGAAAAUAAUUAAAAAACGUGUAAUUAAGAGGGUUAAAGAUGGCAAACAAGAACAAACAGAAAUUGUUACUGUUGAAGAAGAAGGUAAAAAACCAGAAACUACAGUUACUGUUGAAGAAUUUGAAACGCCUGCUGAAAUAAUACCUGAAAAACCAACUUAUGUAGUUGAAGAAAUGCCCGAAGAAGUUCAAGUAAGUGAAGUUAUCACCCAAGAUGGUAAGAAGAAGAAGAAAAUAAUCAAAAAACGUGUCAUUAAGAGGGUUAAAGAUGGUAAACAAGAACAAACAGAAAUUGUUACUGUUGAAGAGGAAGGUAAAAAACCUGAAACUACAGUUACUGUUGAAGAAUUUGAAACACCUGCUGAAGAAAAACCUAAAAAACCAACCUAUGUAGUUGAAGAAAUGCCAGAAGAAGUUCAAGUAAGUGAAGUUAUCACCCAAGAUGGUAAGAAGAAGAAGAAAAUAAUUAAAAAACGUGUAAUAAAGAAGGUUAAAGAUGGCAAACAAGAACAAACAGAAAUUGUUACUGUUGAAGAAGAAGGUAAAAAACCUGAAACUACAGUUACUUUUGAAGAAUUUGAAACGCCUGCUGAAGAAAAACCUAAAAAACCAACCUAUGUAGUUGAAGAAAUGCCAGAAGAAGUUCAAGUAAGUGAAGUUAUCACCCAAGAUGGUCAGAAAAAGAAGAAAAUAAUUAAAAAACGUGUAAUUAAGAGGGUUAAAGAUGGUAAACAAGAACAAACUGAAAUUGUUACUGUUGAAGAAGAAGGUAAAAAACCAGAAACUACAGUUACUGUUGAAGAAUUUGAAACACCUGCUGAAGAAAAACCUGAAAAACCAACCUAUGUAGUUGAAGAAAUGCCCGAAGAAGUUCAAGUAAGUGAAGUUAUCACCCAAUAUGGUAAGAAGAAGAAGAAAAUAAUUAAAAAAGGUGUAAUUAAGAGGGUUAAAGAUGGCAAACAAGAACAAACAGAAAUUGUUACUGUUGAAGAAGAAGGUAAAAAACCUGAAACUACAGUUACUGUUGAAGAAUUUGAAACACCUGCUGAAGAAAAACCUGAAAAACCAACCUAUGUAGUUGAAGAAAUGCCCGAAGAAGUUCAAGUAAGUGAAGUUAUCACCCAAGAUGGUAAGAAGAAGAAGAAAAUAAUUAAAAAACGUGUAAUUAAGAGGGUUAAAGAUGGCAAACAAGAACAAACAGAAAUUGUUACUGUUGAAGAAGAAGGUAAAAAACCUGAAACUACAGUUACUGUUGAAGAAUUUGAAACACCUGCUGAAGAAAAACCUGAAAAACCAACUUAUGUAGUUGAAGAAAUGCCAGAAGAAGUUCAAGUAAGUGAAGUUAUCACCCAAGAUGGUAAGAAGAAGAAGAAAAUAAUUAAAAAACGUGUAAUUAAGAGGGUUAAAGAUGGUAAACAAGAACAAACUGAAAUUGUUACUGUUGAAGAAGAAGGUAAAAAACCAGAAACUACAGUUACUGUUGAAGAAUUUGAAACACCUGCUGAAGAAAAACCUGAAAAACCAACCUAUGUAGUUGAAGAAAUGCCAGAAGAAGUUCAAAUAAGUGAAGUUAUCACCCAAGAUGGUAAGAAAAAGAAGAAAAUAAUUAAAAAACGUGUAAUUAAGAGGGUUAAAGAUGGCAAACAAGAACAGACAGAAAUUGUUACUGUUGAAGAAGAAGGUAAAAAACCAGAAACUACAGUUACUGUUGAAGAAUUUGAAACACCUGCUGAAGAAAAACCUGAAAAACCAACUUAUGUAGUUGAAGAAAUGCCAGAAGAAGUUCAAGUAAGUGAAGUUAUCACCCAAGAUGGUAAGAAGAAGAAGAAAAUAAUUAAAAAACGUGUAAUUAAGAGGGUUAAAGAUGGUAAACAAGAACAAACUGAAAUUGUUACUGUUGAAGAAGAAGGUAAAAAACCAGAAACUACAGUUACUGUUGAAGAAUUUGAAACACCUGCUGAAGAAAAACCUGAAAAACCAACCUAUGUAGUUGAAGAAAUGCCAGAAGAAGUUCAAGUAAGUGAAGUUAUCACCCAAGAUGGUAAGAAAAAGAAGAAAAUAAUUAAAAAACGUGUAAUUAAGAGGGUUAAAGAUGGCAAACAAGAACAGACAGAAAUUGUUACUGUUGAAGAAGAAGGUAAAAAACCAGAAACUACAGUUACUGUUGAAGAAUUUGAAACACCUGCUGAAGAAAAACCUGAAAAACCAACCUAUGUAGUUGAAGAAAUGCCAGAAGAAGUUCAAGUAAGUGAAGUUAUCACCCAAGAUGGUAAGAAAAAGAAGAAAAUAAUUAAAAAACGUGUAAUUAAGAGGGUUAAAGAUGGCAAACAAGAACAAACAGAAAUUGUUACUGUUGAAGAAGAAGGUAAAAAACCAGAAACUACAGUUACUGUUGAAGAAUUUGAAACGCCUGCUGAAGAAAUACCUGAAAAACCAACUUAUGUAGUUGAAGAAAUGCCAGAAGAAGUUCAAGUAAGUGAAGUUAUUACCCAAGAUGGUAAGAAAAAGAAGAAAAUAAUUAAAAAACGUGUAAUAAAGAAGGUUAAAGAUGGCAAACAAGAACAAACAGAAAUUGUUACUGUUGAAGAAGAAGGUAAAAAACCUGAAACUACAGUUACUGUUGAAGAAUUUGAAACGCCUGCUGAAGAAGUACCUGAAAAACCAACCUAUGUAGUUGAAGAAAUGCCCGAAGAAGUUCAAGUAAGUGAAGUUAUCACCCAAGAUGGUAAGAAGAAGAAGAAAAUAAUUAAAAAACGUGUAAUUAAGAGGGUUAAAGAUGGCAAACAAGAACAAACAGAAAUUGUUACUGUUGAAGAAGAAGGUAAAAAACCUGAAACUACAGUUACUGUUGAAGAACUGGACACUCCUCGACAAGACACAAGAGGCUACGAAGUAGAAGAACUUCCCGAAGAAGUGGAAGUAUCUGAAGUAUUAACUGAUGAUGGAAAAAAGAAGAAGAGAAUUGCUAAAAAGCGCACCAUCAAGAAAAAGAAAGACGGUAAAUUGGAAACCACGCAAAUAUUUACUGUAGAAGAAGAAGGCAAAACACCUGAAGUAUCUGUUAUUAUUCAGGAAUCGGAAUUACCUGAAGAAGAUUCUCCAAAGAAGAAAAAGAAACACAAAAAGAAACCAGAUGAAACUGUUCCUGUCGAAGUAAAGGACAAGCUGCAAAGGAAAGAAGUUUCUGUAUUGGUUCCCAUUGAAAUGAAGAAAAUAGAACCGCAGAAAGUUAAAAUAAUAGACACCAAAGAAGUGCCUUUACUCUCGAAUAUUAAAUUGAAGAAAGCGAGAAUUUUACCCAAAAAAGAAGAUCACGAAGAAGAAGAACAACUACCUCGUAUAUCCAUUUUGGAACCCAUCUACAGGGAAAAUGGAAUUUUAUCGAGGAACUUAAAGGAAGCAGAAGCAAUCAAAAAGACCAAACGAAGAAGACUGCGCGACAAAGACUACCUAAAAUCGUUAGAAGACUUAGAUCUGGAAGAUCUACCGAAGAAACCUGACUUGGAAGAAAUAGAUGAAGCUUUCAAAUACCAGAGGAAACCUAAAAAGAAGGACACUCCCGAAGAAAAACCUAAAAAACUUAUCAAAAAGAAAGGCAAAAUACCUGAGCAGAUAGAAAGUGAAGAAACUGUUCAAUUGAAACCAGUUCCAAAGAAACAACCUGAGCAGGAAGAACAAACAGCAGGAACAGAACUAAUGCCAGAGAAGAAACAUAGCAAAACUAUAGAACCCAAAGAAGAUGAGGAAAUUGGAUUUAAACCUUUUAAAUAUGAAGGCGAUUCUAUUGAUGAUAAACCUGAAGAAAAAAGUGAAGAUGAAAAAGACCAAUCAACGCUGAAACCAAAGGCAACUAAAACGCCGAAGAAGAAGAAGCCUAAAACAGAUACUUCAGAAGAAAGGACGCCAUUAAGUAAAGGCACACCUAAACCUACAGAAGAAGAUACUGAAGAAGACAUAAGCCUAAGUUACAAGCAGAAACCUAAACCGGAAAGUGAGCCGGAAGAUAUAUCAUUAAAACCGUUUAAAAAGGAAGCAGAUGAAGAAAUCUUCAAAGUAGGAAUUGAUGAUAAAUUGCAUUUGCCGCAAACGCCUAAAGUUGAAUACAUAGAGGAGGAACAACCGAUUGAAGAAUUAACUGAGAUAAUAACGCCGGAGGGUACAACAAAAACAAGAAAAACUAAAAAGAGGGUUAUUAAAAAAAUUAAAAACGGUAAAGAAGAACGAACGCAGAUAGUAACUGUUGAAGAAGAAGGUAAGAAACCUGAAACUACAGUAACUGUUGAAGAAUUUGAAGCACCUACUGAUGAAAUACCUAAAAAAACAACUUAUGUGGUGGAAGAAUUGCCAGAAGAAGUUCAAGUAAGUGAAGUUAUCACCCAAGAUGGCAAGAAAAAGAAGAAAGUAAUUAAAAAACGUGUACUUAAAAAACUAAAAGAUGGUAAACAAGAACAAACUGAAAUAGUAACAGUGGAAGAAGAAGGAAAGAAACCUGAAACUACUGUAACUGUUGAAGAACUUGAAACUCCUGAGGAAAAAAUUACUCCUGUUUAUACAGUUGAGGAACUUCCUGAAGAAGUCAAGGUAACUGAAGUUGUAACUAUUGAUGGUAAGAAGAAGAAAAAGAUCGUGAAGAAGCGAGUUAUUAAAAAACAAAAGGGAGACAAACAAGAAAAAACAGAAAUAGUAACUGUUGAAGAAGAGGGUAAGAAACCAAAAACAACAGUAACUGUGGAAGAACUUGAAGCACCUGAAGAUGUUUCACCGAUUUACAUAGUUCAAGAACUUCCUGAAGAAGUACAAGUAACAGAAGUUGAAACUAUUGAUGGUAAGAAGAAAAAGAAAGUUGUGAAAAAACGAGUAAUCAAAAAGCAGAAAGGUGAUAAGCAAGAGAAGACAGAAAUAAUAACAGUUGAAGAGGAUGGUAAGAAACCUGAAACUACCGUAACUGUUGAAGAAUUAGAAGCUCCUGAGGAAGAAAUUAUUCCUGUUUAUACAGUUGAGGAACUUCCUGAAGAAGUCCAGGUAACUGAAGUUGUAUCUAUUGAUGGUAAAAAGAAGAAAAAGAUUGUGAAGAGACGAGUCAUUAAAAAACAAAAGGGAGACAAACAAGAAAAAACAGAAAUAGUAACUAUCGAAGAAGAAGGUAAAAGACCUGAAACUACAGUAACAGUUGAAGAACUAGAAGCUCCUGAAGAUGUUUUACCGAUUUACACAGUUCAAGAACUUCCUGAAGAAGUACAAGUAACAGAAGUUGUAACUACUGAUGGUAAGAAGAAAAAGAGAGUUGUGAAGAAACGAGUGAUCAAAAAACAGAAAGGUGAUAUACAAGAGAAAACAGAAAUAAUAACAGUUGAAGAGGAGGGUAAAAAACCUGAAACAACAGUAACUGUUGAAGAAUUAGAAGUUCCUGAAGAAGCUUCUCCAAUUACUCUGGUAUCACAAGAAGAAAGAUCUGAAGUUAGUGAAAUAAUAACACCCGAAGGUAAAAGGAAGAAAAUCACUAAAAAGAGAGUCAUUAAGAAGAAAGGUGACAAACAAGAAGCAACUGAGUACGUAACAGUUGAAGAAGAAGGCAAACAACCUGAAACUACAGUAACUGUUAAAGAAUUAGAAUUUCCUGAAGAAGUUUCUCCAAUUACACACGUUGCACAAGAAGAAAGAACUGAAAUUCGAGAAGAAUUAACACCAGAAGGUAAAAAGAAAAAGAUCAUUAAGAAGAGAGUCAUUAAGAAGAAAGAUGGUAAAAAAGAAACAACAGAAUAUGUUACGGUUGAAGAAGAAGGUAAACAACCUGAAACCACAGUAACUGUUGAAGAACUAGAAGCUCCCGAAGAGGAAGUUUCCCCUAUUUACACAGUUGAAGAACUUCCGGAGGAAGUGCAUGUAACUGAGGUAGAAACCAUUGAUGGUAAAAAGAAAAAGAAAACUGUAAAGAAACGAGUCAUUAAAAAACAAAAGGGAGACAAACAAGAAAAAACAGAAAUAGUAACUAUCGAAGAAGAAGGUAAGAAACCUGAGACAACAGUAACUGUUGAAGAGCUAGAACUUCCUGAAGAAGUUUCUCCAAUUACACACGUUGCACAAGAAGAAAGAACUGAAAUUCGAGAAGAAUUAACACCAGAAGGUAAAAAGAAAAAGAUCAUUAAGAAGAGAGUCAUUAAGAAGAAAGAUGGUAAAAAAGAAACAACGGAAUACGUUACAAUUGAAGAAGAAGGUAAAACACCUGAAACUACAGUAACUGUUGAAGAAUUGGACGCUCCCGAAGAAGAAAUUUCCCCUAUUUACACAGUUGAGGAACUUCCUGAAGAAGUUCAAGUAACUGAAGUAGAAACUAUUGAUGGCAAGAAGAAGAAAAAGGUCAUAAAGAAAAGGAUCAUUAAAAAACAGAAAGGCGACAAACAAGAGAAAACAGAAAUAGUAACAAUUGAAGAGGAAGGUAAGAAACCAGAAACUACAGUUACUGUUGAAGAAUUAGAAGUUCCCGAAGAAGUUUCUCCUAUUACUCAGGUAUCACAAAAAGAAAGAACUGAAGUUAGUGAAAUAAUAACACCCGACGGUAAAAGGAAGAAAAUCACUAAAAAGAGAGUCAUUAAGAAGAAAGACGGCAAACAAGAAUCAACUGAGUACGUAACAGUGGAAGAAGAAGGCAAAAAACCUGAAACUACAGUAACUGUUAAAGAACUAGAAAUCCCUGAAGAAGCUUCUCCAAUUAUUCACGUAGCACAAGAAGAAAGAACUGAAGUUAGUGAAGUGAUAACACCUGAAGGCAAGAAAAAGAAAGUUACGAAAAAGAGAGUAAUUAAGAAGAAAGACGGCAAACGAGAAGCAACAGAAUACGUUACAAUUGAAGAAGAAGGCAAACAACCAGAAACAACAGUAACUAUUGAAGAAUUGGAGACACCGGAAGAAGAAGAAAUCUCCCCAAUUACUGAAGAAGAAAGAAUUGAAGUGCGUGAAGAAAUAACACCAGAGGGUAAGAAGAAGAAAGUCACCAAAAAGAGAGUAAUUAAAAAGAAAGAUGGCAAACAAGAAGCAACAGAAUACGUUACGGUUGAAGAAGAAGGCAAACAACCUGAAACAACAGUAACUAUAGAAGAAUUGGAAGGGCCCGAAGAAGAAGAAGAAGUAACUCCAAUUACUGAACAAGAAAGAACUGAAGUGCGUGAAGAAAUAACACCAGAGGGUAAAAAGAAGAAAGUCACCAAAAAGAAAGUAAUUAGGAAGAAAGAUGGCAAACAAGAAGCAACAGAAUACGUUACAGUUGAAGAAGAAGGCAAACAACCCGAAACAACUGUAACUAUUGAAGAAUUAGAAACUCCCGAAGAAGUUACUCCAAUUACUUUUGGAGCUGAAGAAGAAAAAGUCGAAAUAAAAGAAGAAAUAACGCCUGAAGGUAAAAAGAAAAAGGUUACCAAAAAAGUAACCAAACGACGAAAGGAUGAUAAAGAAGAACAAAUCGAAUAUGUAACAGUAGAAGAAGAAGGCAAGCAGCCAGAAACAACAGUAACAAUCGAAGAAAUACCAGUAGUAACAGAAACCAAAGUUGACAAAAAGAAAAAGGUCAUUAAAAAACGCGUAAUAAAAGAUGGUAAAGAACAAGUAACAGAAACUUUCAUCGCAGAAGAAGAAACGAAACAACCAGAAACAACAACUAUAAUAGAACAACCUGAAGAGGAAGAAAUCACGGAGGAAAAGAAGAAAACUAAAAAGACAGUAAAGAAGAAGAUUAAGAAACCCAAGGAAGAAGAAGUAAAGCUCAUUACUGAAGAUAACAUCUUAUUCGUACCAACUCUUGCACAAAAGAAAGAAAAUGCAGAAGGAGUUGUAGAAAUGGUCCAAAUCGAACUUUUGAAGAAAGCUCUCAUUCAGCCAACAGUAAAAGUAUCUAAAGAUUUGGACUCAGACGAAGAAAUUUCUCCUGUUUUUAAAGUAGAAGAACUUCCUGAAGAAGUACAGGUAACUGAAAUAGUAACUGUUGAUGGUAAGAAGAAGAAAAGGAUCGUAAGGAAACGAGUAAUUAAAAAACAAAAAGGUGACAAACAAGAAAAAACAGAAAUAGUGACUGUUGAAGAAGAGGGUAAGAAACCUGAAACUACAGUAACUGUUGUAGAAAUAGAAGCUCCCGAAGAAGAAAUUUCUCCUGUUUAUACAGUUGAGGAGCUUCCUGAAGAAGUACAGGUAACUGAAAUAGUAACUGUUGAUGGUAAGAAGAAGAAAAAGAUCGUGAAGAAACGAGUCAUUAAAAAACAAAAGGGAGACAAACAAGAAAAAACAGAAAUAGUAACUGUUGAAGAAGAGGGUAAGAAACCAGAAACUACAGUAACUGUUGAGGAAUUAGAAACUCCUGAAGAAUUUUCUCCAAUUACACACGUUGCACAAGAAGAAAGAACUGAAAUUAGAGAAGAAUUGACACCGGAAGGUAAAAAGAAGAAGACCAUUAAACGGAGAGUCAUUAAAAAGAAAGAUGGCAAAAAAGAAACAACAGAAUAUGUUACGGUUGAAGAAGAAGGUAAAAAACCUGAAACAACAGUAACUGUUGAAGAAUUGGAGGCACCGGAGGAAGAAGUCUCCCCGAUUACUGAACAAGAAAGAACUGAAGUGCGUGAAGAAAUAACACCAGAGGGUAAAAAGAAAAAGGUUACUAAAAAGAGAGUAAUUAAGAAGAAGGACGGUAAACAAGAAGCAAUUGAAUACGUUACAAUUGAAGAAGAAGGUAAACAACCUGAAACCACAGUAACUGUUGAAGAACUAGAAGCUCCCGAAGAGGAAGUUUCCCCUAUUUACACAGUUGAAGAACUUCCGGAGGAAGUGCAUGUAACUGAGGUAGAAACCAUUGAUGGUAAAAAGAAAAAGAAAACUGUAAAGAAACGAGUCAUUAAAAAACAAAAGGGAGACAAACAAGAAAAAACAGAAAUAGUAACUAUCGAAGAAGAAGGUAAAAGACCUGAGACAACAGUAACUGUUGAAGAGCUAGAACUUCCUGAAGAUCUUUCCCCAAUUACACACGUUGCACAAGAAGAAAGAACUGAAAUUAGAGAAGAAUUAACACCGGAGGGUAAAAAGAAGAAGAUCAUUAAAAAGAGAGUGAUUAAGAAGAGAGAUGGUAAAAAAGAAACAACGGAAUACGUUACAAUUGAAGAAGAAGGUAAAAAACCUGAAACAACAGUAACUGUUGAAGAACUAGAAACUCCCGAGGAAGAAUUUUCACCUAUUUACACAGUUGAGGAACUUCCUGAAGAAGUUCAAGUAACUGAAGUAGAAACUAUUGAUGGUAAGAAGAAGAAAAAGGUUAUAAAGAAACGAGUCAUUAAAAAACAGAAAGGAGACAAACAAGAGAAAACAGAAAUAGUAACUGUAGAAGAAGAAGGCAAGAAACCCAAAACUACAGUUACUGUUGAAGAAUUAGAAGCUCCUGAAGAAAUCUCUCCUAUUACUCAGGUAUCACAAAAAGAAAGAACUGAAGUUAGUGAAAUAAUAACACCCGAUGGUAAAAAGAAGAAAAUCACUAAAAAGAGGGUGAUUAAACAGAAAGAUGGCAAGCAAGAAGCAACAGAAUACAUAACAGUUGAAGAAGAAGGCAAAAAACCUGAAACUACAGUUACUAUUGAAGAAUUGGAAGGGCCUGAAGAAGAAGAAGUAACUCCAAUUACUGAACAAGAAAGAACUGAAGUUAGUGAAGAAAUAACACCUGAAGGCAAAAAGAAAAAAGUUACUAAAAAGAGAGUAAUUAAGAAGAAGGACGGUAAACAAGAAGCAACAGAAUACGUUACAAUUGAAGAAGAAGGCAAACAACCUGAAACAACAGUAACGGUUGAACAAUUAGAAGUUCCUGAAGAAGUUUCUCCAAUUACACACGUAACACAAGAAGAAAGAACUGAAGUCAGUGAAGUAAUAACACCUGAGGGUAAAAAGAAAAAGAUCACUAAAAAAAGAGUAGUAAAGAAGAAAGAUGGCAAACAAGAAGCAACUGAAUAUACAACAAUUGAAGAAGACGGUAAAAAGCCUGCAACCACAGUAACUGUUGAAGAACUAGAAGCUCCCGAAGAAGAAAUUUCUCCCGUAUACACAGUUGAAGAACUUCCUGAAGAAAUACAGAUAACUGAAGUUGAGGCUAUAGAUGGCAAGAAGAAGAAAAAGAUCAUAAAGAAACGAAUCAUCAAAAAACAGAAAGGUGACAAACAAGAGAAAACAGAAAUAGUAACCGUAGAAGAAGAAGGCAAGAAACCUGAAACUACAGUUACUGUUGAAGAACUAGAAGCUCCUGAAGAUGUAGUUACUCCUAUUUACACAGUUGAAGAACUUCCUGAGGAAGUACAAGUAACUGAAGUUGAAACUAUUGAUGGCAAGAAGAAAAAGAAAGUUGUGAAGAAACGAGUAAUUAAAAAACAGAAAGGCGAUAAACAAGAAAAAACAGAAAUAAUUACCGUCGAAGAAGAAGGUAAAAAACCUGAAACAACAGUAACUGUUGAAGAACUAGAAGCUCCCGAGGAAGAAUUUUCACCUAUUUACACAGUUGAGGAACUUCCUGAAGAAGUACAAGUAACAGAAAUUGAAAGUAUUGAUGGAAAGAAGAAAAAGAAAGUUGUGAAGAAACGAAUCAUUAAAAAACAGAAAGGUGAUAAACAAGAGAAAACAGAAAUAGUAACUGUUGAAGAAGAAGGUAAGAAACCUGAAACUACCGUAACUGUUGAAGAACUUGAAGCUCCUGAAGAAAUAUCACCUAUUUACACAGUUGAAGAACUUCCUGAAGAAGUACAAGUAACUGAAUACGAAACUACUGACGGCAAAAAGAAGAAAAAGAUCGUAAAGAAACGCGUCAUCAAAAAACAAAAAGGCGACAAAGAAGAAAAAACCGAAAUAGUAACAGUCGAAGAAGAAGGCAAAAAACCAGAAACAACAGUAACAAUCGAUGAAAUCGAGAUACCAGAGACUAUUAAGAAAAAGAAGAAGAUCAUCAAAAAGAAACCCGAAACACGAGAUACCGAAGAAACACAACCCGAAACUACCGAGAUCAUCAAAAAGAAACCCACACAACUCAGAAAAGAAGUCUCAGUCUUGUUGCCAAUCGAAAGAAAAGACCAAAAACCGGAAAAAUUAAAAAUCGUCGAUUCCGAAAACAUCCCUCUUUUGGCCAACGUAAAACUGCGCAAAGCCAAAGUUCUUCCCAAAAAAGAAGAUCGCGUGAAAUUACCUAAAUUCCUCCUCAAAAGCAGGAUAACUCCUGUGAAAUUUCCAACAGAAGGAGAGUUGGAACAACUUCCUCGAAUUUCCAUCCUCGAGCCUUUGUACCGACACAAUGGCGUCCUGUCCAGGAACGUAAAAGAAGCAGAAAAACUGAAGAAAACCAAGCCGAGACGACUCAGAGACAAGGACUUGGAUUUGAAAGCUUUGGAAGAACUAGAUCUGGUCGAUAUGCCUGAGAAACCGGAACUAGAACAAAUAGAUGAAGCCUACAAGCAAAAGAUCAAGCCUAAGAAGAAAGAAUCACCGGAAGAACAGCCGAAGAAGCUAAAAAUAGGCAAGGGAAAAAUUCCGGAAGAAAUCGAAGAUCUCGAAACUGUUAAACUUAAGCCUAUACCUGGCAAAGAAGCGCCAGAAGAGAUUACAGAAGUUCCCAAACCUAAAUCAAAACCUAAAGAUAAAUCCAAACAAAUAACUCCAAAAGAAGAUGAAGAUCAGAUUAAAUUCGCGCCAACGCCAUUCGAUGAUGAAACCCUCGAAAAACCUAAAAAAGAAAAUGAGCCUAUUUCGGAAGAAACGCCUAAAGAUGAGAAAAUCGAAGAAACCAAACCCAUCAAAAAGAAAAAGACUAAGAAACAACCGGAAUCGGACGAAAGAAUCCUAACCAAAGGCAAACCUAAACCUAAAGACGCCCCUGAAGACGAAGAAAUAUCUCUUCAUUACAAACAGAAACCCAAACCGGACGAAGAUAAGGAAGAAAUCAAACUGAAACCUUUCAAAAAGAGCGAAUCGGACGAUCAAUUCAAACCCGAAAUUGAAGAUACAAUGAUCAUUCCGAAGAUCCCCACCGGUGAGCUUGUGUUGGAAGAAAGACCGGAAGAGGAAAUAACCGAAAUCGUUACGCCUGAAGGCGAAGUGCGAAAGAAAACCACCAAGAAACGCGUCAUUCGCAGGCAAAAAGACGGGAAGCAACUCAAAACGGAAAUUCUUACUGUAGAAGAAGAAGGCCAAGAACCGCAAACAACAGUAAUUGAAGAAGAACUGGACGUUCCGGAAGAAAAGCUCCCCGAAAAAGACAUUUGCGUCGUGGAAGAACUGCCGGAAGAAGUGCAAGAAUCCGAAGUAGUCUCCCAAGAAGGCGAGAAGAAGAAGAAAGUAACCAAAAAGCGCGUCAUCAAAAAGAAGAAAGACGGCAAAGAAGAAAAAACCGAAAUAAUCACCGUAACAGAAGAAGGCAAACAACCGCAAACCACGAUAACCGUACAAGAAGAAGAAAUUCCCGAAGAAAAGAUACUCUUCGUGCCGACAUUGUUCGAGGCAAGAUGCGACUUUACAGAUGAAGAAAUUCUGAAUAUACUGAGAAUAGAGAUGAUCAAAAAGUAUCUAUCCCAUCCCCUGCCCCAGUUCCCAUUGGAACUGAACGUAUCCACCGGCAAAUGCAGGAUAAUCUUCGAAUACAAAGAAGAAACCACCACGCGCGUUUUAGAAGACGGUCGAGAAGAAACCGUGAAGAAGCGCCCGCUGAAGAAGAAGAAGCAAGCCGGCAAAGUCGAAACCAUCGACAUCUACACUCGCCAAAUCGACGGCGAAUCGCCCGAACGAGAGUUGGAUAUAAAAGAAGAACCGAAGAAAGAUGAUACUUCACAUCCAGUAGCCGCUUUAUUGGAACUUCCGGAAGAUAUAACCGUCAGUCAAGUAACUAAAAAGGGCAAGAAACCCGUGAAAACCGUCACCAAAAAGAGGAAACUUCUGAAGAAAAUCGGGCCGAAGAUCGAAGCGACGGAAAUAGUGAGGAUCUUCGAAGAAGAUAAGCUCAUCAGGCAGUAUGUUAACGUUUACGAGUACACUGACGCGCUCGAAGAGGCGACUGUAAGUGAGAAAAUUACACCAACAAUUACACCACUCACCCCUAAAACAGUCACUGAAGUUUACACAUCUGAAAAUACACAGGACAUGUCACUAGAAGAGCAGCCCGCUGACAAGGAGAAGGCCAAAGGAAAAUUGGUGCAGGAACUCAAAGAAUCCGUUAUCAUUGAAGCCGUACAAACUCAGAAACCCAUUGAAGAAAUAUCAGAAGUAGAUAAGAAAGAAACUGAUGUUAAAGUGGAAGAAAUUACCAUCGAGCCGGUAGUGGAGGAAGAAACCAAGAAGAAGAAGAUCACGAAGAAGAAGGUAGUUAAGAAGAUAAAGGACGAACAAGGCGGAGAGAUUUUGGUGGUUGAAGAAGAAAUUGUGGAACCUCAAACGUCGAUUGUCUUCGAAGAAGAAAAACCGCAAGAGGUGACCGAAGAGGUAAUUGAAGAAGGGAAGAAGAAAAUCAUUAAGAAACGGGUAGUUAAAAAACGAGAUGGUAAGCAAGAAACUACCGAAUAUACUACGGUUGAAGAGGAAGGUAAGAAGCCGGAAACUACAGUUACUAUAGAAGAAGUAGAAACUCCUGAAGAAGCUCAAGAAGAACGAGUUCAGAUUAGCGAGGUUACCACAGCAGACGGUAAAAAGAAGAAGAUUACUAAAAAACGAAUUGUUAAGAAGAAAGACGGUAAACAGGAAGCAACGGAAUACAUUACGGUAGAAGAAGAAGGCAAACAACCUGAAACUACAGUCACAAUAGAAGAAUUGGAAGGGCCGGGAGAAGAAGAAGUAACUCCAAUAUCUGAGCAGGAAAGAACUGAAGUUAUUGAAGAAAUAACACCUGAAGGCAAAAAGAAGAAAAUUAUUAAAAAGAGAGUAGUCAAGAAGAAGGACGGUAAACAAGAAGCAACCGAAUACGUUACAAUUGAGGAAGAAGGCAAACAGCCUGAAACAACAGUUACUAUUGAAGAAUUGGAAGCACCGGAAGAGGAAGUCAUAACAAUCUCUCAGAGUGAAAGAACUGAAGUAAGUGAAGAAAUUACACCAGAGGGUAAGAGGAAGAAAGUUACCAAAAAAAGAGUAAUUAAGAAGAAGGGCGGUAAACAAGAAGAAACUGAAUAUGUAACAGUCGAAGAAGAAGGCAAACAACCAGAAACAACAGUAACUAUUGAAGAAUUGGAGGCACCGGAAGAAGAAGAAAUCUCCCCAAUUACUGAACAAGAAAGAACUGAAGUGCGUGAAGAAAUAACACCAGAAGGUAAGAAGAAGAAAGUCACCAAAAAGAGAGUAAUUAAAAAGAAAGAUGGCAAACAAGAAGCAACAGAAUACGUUACGGUUGAAGAAGAAGGCAAACAACCUGAAACAACAGUAACUAUAGAAGAAUUGGAAGGUCCCGAAGAGGAAGAAGAAGUAACUCCAAUUACUGAACAAGAAAGAACUGAAGUGCGUGAAGAAAUAACACCAGAAGGUAAAAAGAAGAAAGUCACCAAAAAGAAAGUAAUUAGGAAGAAAGAUGGCAAACAAGAAGCAACAGAAUACGUUACAGUUGAAGAAGAAGGCAAACAACCCGAAACAACUGUAACUAUUGAAGAAUUAGAAACUCCCGAAGAAGUUACUCCAAUUACUUACGAAGCUGAAGAAGAAAAAGUCGAAAUAAAAGAAGAAAUAACGCCAGAAGAAGAACAAAUCGAAUAUGUAACAGUAGAAGAAGAAGGCAAGCAGCCAGAAACAACAGUGACAAUCGAAGAAAUACCAGAAGUAACAGAAACCAAAGUCGACAAAAAGAAGAAAGUCAUUAAAAAACGCGUAAUAAAAGAUGGUAAAGAAGAAGUAACAGAAACGUUCAUCGCAGAAGAAGAAACGAAACAACCAGAAACAACAACUAUAAUAGAACAACCUGAAGAGGAAGAAAUCACGGAGGAAAAAACGAAAACUAAAAAGACAGUAAAGAAGAAAAUUAAGAAACCCAAGGAGGAAGAAGUAAAGCUCAUUACUGAAGAUAACAUCUUAUUCGUUCCAACUCUAGCAAAACAAAAAGAAAACGCCGAAGGAGUUGUAGAAAUGGUCCAAAUCGAACUUUUGAAGAAAGCUCUAGCUCUUCCCACCAUAGAAGCCUCAGAUGGCCUAGUCACGGCCACCUACGAAAGGCCAAUAAUAAUCGAAGAACUUCCCGAGCAUAUACAAAUAAUCGAAUCAGAAACUGAAGAAGGUAAACCUCAGAAAACCACCGUGAAGAAGAGGAUUCUGCGAAAGAAGAAAGGCGACAAAACGGAGAUCAUGCAAAUACGCACUGAAGAAAAAGAAGGCGAAGAACCCACGACAUCAGUCACAAUAGAAGAACUCCCGACUGAAGAAGAAGAAUGGCCUGAAUCUUCGAUUGCUACGGUCAUCGAAAUGCCCGAAGAAAUCGAAAUCAAAAUGGAAGACAACAAACAGGUAACGGUGAAAAAGAAAGUGAUGAAAAAGAGGAAAGGUCGCAAAGACGAAAUUACCGAAAUCAUCACUAAAGAAGAAGAAGGCAAGGCGCCGCAAACUUCGAUCGUAAUCCACGAAGUCGACGUACCAGCUGAAGAAAUAAUCGAAGAUGAAUCGCAGUACAUCGUAGAGCUUCCAGAAGAUACGAAGAUAAUAGAGAAAAUAACUCCCAAAGGCGUGGAGAAGACCAAGCUCAGACAGAAGAAGAUCAAGCAGAAGAAAGGCGACAAAAUGGAAACCACUAGCAUAACCGUCAUAGAAGAAGAAGGCAAGGAACCCCAAACUUCCGUGGUUAUCGAAGAAAUAGACUUUACGGAAGACCUAGUACUACCUCAAAUUCCCGAAGAAAUAGUCGAAGAACUACCAACAGAAAUCCAAGUCAUAGAGAAGAAAGACAAACUGGGCAAAUUGAAGAAGAAAGUCAUAGAAACUCGCGUACUCAAAAAACGCAAAGGCAGCAAAGACGAAUUAAUCAAAAUCCAAACUGUAGAAGAAGAAGAUAAACAACCCCAAAGCUCCGUAACCAUUGAGGAAAUAGAAACUGAAGAAACCCCAAUGCAACCCACAUACACGGAACCAGUUCCUGAAGAAAUCCAAGUAAUCGAAACCAUAAGCAAAGACGGGGUCCCGAAGAAGCAGAUAUCGAAGAAGAAAGUGCUGAAGAAGAGGAUCGGUAACAAAGAAGAAAUCACGCAAAUCUUCACUGUAAUCGAAGAAGGCGAGGCGCCCAAAACGACGGUCGUCAUCGAAGAAAUCGAUCUUCCCAUCGAAUCCUUAGAAACUAUUCCACCCAUACGAGGUUUCUUCACCCCUGCUUACAUUGAAGAACUUCCUGAAGAAAUCACCAUCACCAAAUCGGAGGUACUCGAAGGACAUCCCGAAGUGAAGGUGACUAAACGAAGAUUCAAAAAACCGAAAGGCGAGAAGGACGAACUGAUUGAGAUAAUUACGGUAGAAGAAGAAGGCAAAUCGCCGCAAACCAGCGUAAUUAUUGAAGAUAUCGAAGAAGAAGAAAAGCCUAAAGCGAAGAAACAGAAACCGAAAAAGAAGAAACCCAAGACUAAAGAAGAACGGCCUGAAGAAGAAGAAAAACCAAUAGAAGACGAAGUGCAAAAGGAAGAUGAAAUUGUCGAAAAGAAGAAACCACCGCUUAGAAGGGAAACCUCAGUUCUGAUGCCCAUCGAGCGCAAAGAGGUCAAAGCUCAGAAGCUGAAGAUAGUGGAGAGUAAAGACGUGCCAUUGCUGAGCGAAAUCAAGCUUAAGAAACCCAAGGUGGUUCAGAAGAAAGAGCAGAAGACAAAAUUGCCCAAAUUCCUGCUGAAGAGCAGAAUCAAUUUCUUUGAUUUCCCGCCGAAAACUGAAGCAGAACAACUGCCCAGAAUAUCCCUGUUAGAGCCGGUAUAUAGAGACAACGGGGUAUUAUCAAGGAACGUAAAAGAAGCAGAGAAAGUGAAGAAAACGAAGAAACGUCGUCUUAGAGAUAAAGAUGUAGAUUUGAAGGCUUUGGAGGAACUUGAUCUGGAAAUGGAAGAAUACAAGAAGAAGGAAUUAGAGAAGGUUGAUGAUGCUUUCAAAUACGAAGCAAAACCUCGUAAAAAAUCGGUAACCGAAGAAGAACCGAAGAAAAUAGUGAAAAAGAAAGGCAAACUUCCCGAAGACGAAGAAACUGAAGACAAAAUUAAAUUGAAAGCGGUGCCGGAGAAACCGCUCCAAGAAGAAGAGCAACCAGAAAAGCCGAAGAUAAAAAAGAAACCAGAAGAAAUCGAAGCUAAAGUCAUAAAAGAAGAAGAAGAUACAGACAGAAUGAAAUUUGAACCUUACGAUAUCGAAAGGGAAGAACCCGAAAAAGAAGAACUUGAUAAAUUCGAAUUCGAAAAGGAAGAUAAAGAAAAGCCGGUACCUGACACGCCUAAGAAACCUAAGAAAAAGAAAACUAAACCGGUGCCUGAAACUGAAGAAAUUACUCUUGUCAAAGGUGUACCCAAACCGCAGGAAACGCCUGAAGAAGACGAUAUAACUUUGAAGUACAAGCAGAAACCUAAACCUGAAGAAGUUCCGGAAGAAAUAAAAUUAAAACCGUUCAAGAAGCAAAAAUCUGAAGAUGAAACUAAAGCUGAUGUUGACACGCCUAUGGCUCUUUCGAAGAUUCCAACAGCCGAAGAAGAAGAAACGUUCGACAUAGAACCGCAAAAAUUGGACGAACCGGCGAAGAAGAAGAAAAUAAUCAAAAAACCAAAACCUAAGGUCAAGAAAAUGGAAGAAUCGAAGGAAGAAGAAAUUAAACCGGAAGAAGAAGAAGAAAUAAAACCAGAAGUUGAAGAAAUUAAACCAGUAACAGAAGAAGUUGCACCAGAAGAACAGGUAAUUUCGCUAGAUGAAGAGCAAGUUGAAGAAACGCGCAUAGAAGUAAAGAAACCAGAAGAAAAAGAAGAAGAAGAAGAGGAGAAACCCAAACCUUUGGAGGAAAUCGAGAAGGUUAAACGCAAAAAGACUGUAAUUAAAAAGAAGAAAAUUCAAAAGGCCGAUGAGGAAGAAAUCGCCCAAGAAGAACCCACCGUAAUACCAGAUGAGGAAACCGAAGAAACACCUCAAAAGGAAACUCUAACAGUUCAAGAAACAGUUUCGCCUAAACCACAGGUACCCGUUGUCACUGAAGUAGAUCAACCGGUGAAAUUAGAUGAAAUAAAACUGAAGAAACCCAAACCGCCCAAAAAGGUGGAACCCAAAACAACGAAGAUGCCCAAAUUCCUGCUGAAGAGCAGGAUAGUCCACGUGCCGUUCCCACCUGACAACGAAAAACGGGCAGUACCUGGAAUAAAGGAGCUCCCGCCUGUUUACAGGGACAACGGAAUCCUUUCCAGGAACGUCAAGGAAGCAGAAAAGGCUCCGAAAAAGAAGAAAGUUAGAGUGAAAGAUAUUGACAGGGAAUUGAAGGUGCUGGAGCAAAUCGAUAAAGAAUUCGAAGAAUCCAAAAAGGACCUCGAGAAAAUCGAUGACGAGUACAAAACGCCUACACCUAAGAAACAGAAACCUGAGAAGCAAGAUGAAGAACCUACUAAAUUGAAGAUCGGCAAAGGUAAGGUGCCUGAAGAGAAAGAGGAAGAGGAGGUAGUCAAGCUAAAGAAAGUGCCGGAGAAGCCUGUAGAUGAGGAAAAGCCGGUAGAAGAAAAGAAACCUAAAAUGAAGAAACCCGAAAAGAAGUCCGUAGAAAUAGAAGAAGAAGAACAGCCUGCUUUAGAACCAUUCGAAGCACCGGAAUACGAGAAACCCGAGCGCGAAUUAGAAGAAUACAAACCAACUGAAAUUCCUGAAGAAACUGAAGAGGUUCCAAUCGAAGAGGUCGCAAAGAAACCAAAGAAACCUAAAAAGAAGAAAGAGCCUGAAGAAGAAAAAUCUCAAAUCGUACUAGGAAAAGGCAAAAAAGAUGAAGAAUUACCCGAACCGGAAAUCAAUCUUAAAUACAAGCAAAAAGACAAACCUGAAGAAAUUCCUGAGAAAAUCACUCUUAAACCCUUCAAAAAAGAAGAAGAUUCGGAAGAACUGAAAAUUAGCGAAGAAACAAUAGAUUCUAUGGUACCUCUUGUCGAAGAAAUCGAAGAAGAUGUUACUGUUACAGUAGAAAAGAAGAAAGUAAAGAAAGUUAAAAAACGCAAGCCUUCUAUAAAAGAACCUACUGAAGAAACUGAAGAAAUCAAAGAAGAAACAACAGAAAUUGUAGAAGAGAAGCCAGAAGAAGUUAAACCACUCGAACAGGAAAUUGUGGAAACUACAGAAGAAACGCCUGUUGUAACAAAAGAAGAAGAAAUCACGGAACAAACCGUAGAAGUAAAGAAGGUAAAGAAAACGAAACCCAAAGAAAAGAAGCCUCAAACUGAAGAAAUCGCGCCUGAGAAACCUGUUCGUUUGACCGUCAAGAGAAUUCCUGCGAACAAACCUCAACUUCCUGUUGUGACCGAAAGCAAACCGGAAUUCGCAGAAAUAAAACUAAAGAAAGCGAAGCCGGUGAAAGAAGAAAAGGCGCCGGAGAAGAAACUGCCCAAGGUGUUGUUGAAGAGCAGAAUCAACUACGUAGAUUUCCCCCCUCUAACAGAAAUCCUGCAACAAUUGGCUGUUACAGAUAUAAAUGCCAUAAGAGACAACGGAAUCCUGUCGAGAAACGUUGAAGAAGCGGCAAAGAUCAAACCUAAGAAGAAGAAAAUCGUCAAAACCAAAGACCUGGAGAAACUCGACAAAGAAUUCGAAGAACUAAAGAAACAAGAACCGGAAAAAGUCGACGAAGAGUACAGAAAAACCGUGAAGAAACCGAAGAAAGAGAAGCCGGUUUUGAUGAAGAUCGUAAAAGUGGAGGUGAUAGCCCAAAAAGCCAAAAUCCACCAAGUUGCACCCGAGCCCAUCAAUUUAGCCGACAUAAAACUGAAGAAAUCCAAAGCGACUCCGAAGAAAGAAGAACAAACCGUGAAAAUACCGAAGCACAAACUGAAGAGUAGGAUCGUCUUCGUAGAUUUUCCACCGUUAUCGGAAAUCCUGCAACAAUUACAAAUCACCGAAAUAGGAGCAGUCAAGGAAAAUGGCGUGCUCUCUCGCAAUAUCGAAGAAGCCAAGAAAGUGAAGAAAACCAAGCGAAAACUCAAGGUCAAAGACGACGAGCCCGAGACAGUCGAGCUCGAAAAACUCGACGUGGAUUACGAAGAACCGGAAAAACCGCAAACUGAGGAACCCGAAGAAACUGUCAAGUUUAAAAGAACGCCUAAGGAGCCUAAAGAAAUUGAACCUGACGAUGAGGUAUCCAUAAAAAUAGGAAAAGGCAAAGUUCCUGACCUUUCUGAGGCUCCGGAAGAGAGCAUAACAUUGAAGAAAACCCCUCAAAAACCCGCCGAGCAGCCUGAAGAAGACCUCAAAAAGAUCAAACCCAAACCUAAAGAAGAAGAAAAGGCGCCCGAAGAAAAGGAACCGAGAGAGUUCAAAGAUAAAAUAGAUUUCGAACCGUUCGACAUCGACAGGGAAGACACCGAUAGAUUAAAGUACGUACCGCCUGAAGAAGAAGAAAAAGAAGAGACUGAACGUCCUGAAGAGCAACCUAAAUACGUGAAAAAGAAGAAAGCCAAACCAGCUCCGGAAACCGAGGAAGUCCUUUUGCAAAAAGGAACGCCGAAGAAACCCGAAGAGGAAGAACCAGAGGAUGUUAAGUUUAGGAUACCCCAUAAAGGCAAACCUGAAGAUACCCCAGAAGGUAUCAAACUCAAGCCGUUUAAGAAGCACGAAGAAAACGAGGUAAUGAAAGUUACCGAAUGGGUACCUGAAAAACCUACGCAAUCUGUGAUUUACAUCAAAGAUGAUGAUGAAGAAUCUAGUGAAGAACAAGAAUUGGAAAAACCGAAGAAGAAGGUUAUCAAAAAGAAGAAAAUAAAGAAACAAGAAUCGCCAAUACCAGACGAAUCUAAGCCUGAAGAACCAGUAGAAGAAGUAAAAGAACCUUCUGUACCGCGAGAAGAAGAAGAGCCUGAGAAACCUAAACCUAAAACCGAAGAAAUUGAAGAAAUUAAACCGAUCCCGCAACAAGAAGAAUUACCUCAACAGCCGCAAGAAAAAGAAGAAUCUACGCCUCAAGAGGUACCGGAAAUAAAACCGCAACAAACUGAAGAAAUAAAGGAAGAAGUCAAAAUAAAGAAACCCAAACCUAAGCCGAAGAUACUCGAUAAACCGAAAAAAGAGAGAAUACCGAGAUUGAAGAGCAGGAUAAACCGCGUAGACUUUCCUCCGGAUCUUCAAGUUCCGAAGAUUACGGACCUAAAGACAAUCAGAGGAAGCGGGGAAAUUUCAAGGAACAUAAAGGAAGCAGAGAAGACUCUAAAGACGAAGCGCAGGAAAUUGAAGGACGUCGAUAAGGAACUCACGGAUUUGGAGAAACUGGACCUGGAAUUCGAAGAAUUAAAGAAAGACAAGCCCGAAACGGUGGAUGAAAGCUACAAAUAUGAGAAGAAAGAAAAGGAGAAACCUCAAGAACCCGAAGCAACGAUACCGAUCAAACCUAAAAAAGGUAAAUUGCCCGAAGAAGAAGCAGAAGAAGAAGCCGUAACACUGAAAAAGAGACCGGUGAAAGAAGAAGAAACCUUACCUGAAGAAGUCGUCAAGGAAGUGAAGACAACGCCUGAAGAAACCAAAACUAAAGACAUAAAAGAAGAAACAUCACCGGAAAGGAUACCAUUCGAACCGUUCGAUAUCGAAAGGGAAGAUCACGAUAAGGAAGAACUCGAUUUACCGAAGGUAGAAGGCGAGAAACCGGAGAAACCUAAGAAGAAAACGAAACCGAAGAAAGACGUUAAACCUGAAGAACCACAACCUGAAGAAGAGACUGCAAUAGUCAAAGGGAAACCUAAAGAACCCAGUCCGGAGAAGGUGGAAGAAUUCAAAAUAAAACCACCCCAUAAAAAGGAAGAUAAACCCGAAGAAAAAGAAAUCGAAGAAACCGUCACAAUUCCCAAGAAAAUUCAACCUUCCGUGGAAGACGAAGAAGAACCUGAAGCAACGUUGACAUUACCAGAAACCAAAACUAUUGUCGACACUGAAGUAACCGAAACUGAAAAAGUUACGGUUAAAGCAAAACUGAAGAAAAAGAAGAAGCCGCCGACAGAUGAAGGCGAAGCAGAAUUGUCAAUCGUGAAGAAGCCGGAUGAAGAAAUCCCCGAAGAAGUGCCUGCGGUUCCCGAAGAACCGAAAGAAGUAACUGAAGAGCGAACAGAAGUUAGCAUAAAGAAGAAAAAGCCGAAGCCUGAAGAUGAUGGUGAAGCAGAAGUGACAGUCAAAAAGAUUCCUGAACCAGAAAAAGAAGAUAAAGAAUCCGAAGUGGAAGCGGAUAUAACUAUAAAGAAACCUCAGCCGAAACCGGUAGAAGAAAAUGAAGCAGAAACUGAAGUAAUUAUACAGAAAAUCGUACCUGAAGAGAAGACAACCGAAGAAACCGAAGAGGUGAAAGUGAAGGUUAAGAAACCCAAGAAACCGAAGAAACCGCAAGUCGAUGAAGAAGAAACAAUCGAAACAACCAUCGAAAUAAAACCAAAGGUUGAGGAAGAAAUUGAAGUACCCUUCAAAAUAGAAAAAGAAAUACCAAAACCUGAAGAAGAAGAAGAGGCCGAGAUUGUAAUCAAAAAACACGUUCCCGAGAAAGUACCUAGUGAAGAAACAGAAGACGUUAAAGUCACAAUUAAAAAGGAAGUUCCAAAACCAAAGGAAGAACCAGAAGAAGAUACUCCUGUGGAAGCAGAAAUCACAAUAAAAGAAGAAGUAAAGGAAGAACCAAAAGAGGAAGUGACAAUCAAAAAACGCAAAUCGAAACCGAAACCCGAAGAGGAGGAAGAAGCACAGGUAACCGUUAAAAAAUUAAUUCCUCAACCAAAAGAAGAACCAACAGAAGAUACUGAAGUUGAAGCAGAGAUAAUAAUUAAACCGAAACCUGAAGAAGAAACUGAAUUACAGAUUACUAAAAAACCGAAAGUACCUGAAAAGGAAGAUACGGGUGAAGCUGAGGUCACUAUCAAGAAAUUCGUCCCUGAAGAAAAGAAGGAACCAGAAGAAGAAACUACCGUUAAACCGCCCACUAAAGAAGAAGCAGAGGUCACUAUUAAAAAACCGAAACGUAAACCGAAACCAGAAGAAGAUAAUGAAGCUGAGGCUGAAAUAACAAUUAAAAAGAUAAUUCCACAACCAGAAAAAGAAGAAACCGAAGACACAAGUGUAGAAGCAGAAAUAACAAUUAAACCCAAAGAAGACGAAGAAACUACUCUCAAAAUUUCUAAACCUAAACCAGAACCAAAACCUAAAGAUGACGAAGGAGAAGCUGAAUUAACCAUAAAGAAAAUCAUACCUGAAGAUAAAAAAGAGAAAGAAGUAGAAGAAGAAAAGGCGGAAAUCACCAUCAAAAAACCGAAACCGAAACCCAAAGAAGAAGAUGAGGCGGAAGUCACUAUAAAGAAAUUUGUGCCGGAAGAAAAACCAGCUGAGGAAGAAGAAGCUAAAAUCAAGAUAAAGAAACCGAAAUCGAAGAAAAAACCUAAACCAGAAGAAGACGAACAGGUCGAGGUUACAAUAGGAGUCAAGCCUAAAAUCGAGGAUGAAGCAGAAUUGGAAAUCAAACAGGUUAAAGAAAGACCGAAAACAGAGGAUGAAGGCGAAGAUGAAUUAUCAAUCAAGAAAUUCGUCCCGGCUAAAGAAGAAAAAGAAGAUGAUGAAGAAACAAUGAAGAAACCUCCAACAGACGAGGCGGAAGCGGAAAUUAAAAUGAAACCUAGACCUAAACCUACUAAAGAAGAAGACGAAAACGAGUUAACCGUAAAGAAAUACGAAAUUACUGAAAAACCUGAUGAAGAAGAAGAAGUUCCUGAGGUCGUCAUGAAGAAAAAACCUCCACAAAAGCAACCUUCUACUGAAGAACCAGAAGCAGAAAUUAAAUUAAAACCGAAAGAAGAUGUAGAAGGUGUAGAAGAAGAAGCCGUCAUCAGAAAACCCGCCAAAAAACAACCGUCAACCGAAGAAGAAUCCGAAGAAUUAACCGUCAAACGGCUAAAACCCAUACGAAGGCCCUCGGAAGCGAAAGAAGAAGAACCGAAAGAAGAAGAAAUCCAAACGGUCACCUUCAGACCGCGCUCGUCCAAAACCAAAGAAGAAAUCGAGCAGGAAUUCAAGAUCUCCCUCGACUCCUACGCCGAAGAGGAGAUCAACCUCUCCACCAAGGUGAAGCUGAAGAAGAAGAAACCGCUCACCUACUCGGAAGAAGCGGCCGAAGAUACCGUCAAAAUCACCAAGGAAACCGACGACGACCAAGGCCCCACCAUCGAAGAAAUCAUCGAUGAAGACGACGAAGAAGCCCCCCUAGACGAAGACGAGGUUUCGGAGAGUUUCCACGUGGCCUUCAAGCGCAAGCCGUCCCGCAAGUACUCCGUGGUGGAUGAAAACGAAGAAGAGGUGAGCUUCAAGCAGCCGACGAAGCACGUGGACUUCGAAGAAGAGGGCAGCUUCACCGUCAAGCCCAAGCGCAAGGAGUCCGUCACCUUCGAACAAGAAGCCGUCAGUUUGAGCAUCACCAAAGAGAAGGAGGAGGUGGAGGAGGUGAUACACGAAGAGGAAGUCGAAGUAGGCGAUGUCUACUAUUCGAUUACCAUUUACGACGCCGAAGCCGAUUCCGCCAUUGACCUGGUGGAAGGCGAGAAGGUCUACGUGAUGGAGUCCCCGGACUCCGACUGGUGGUUGGUGAAGAAACACCUAACUGAAGAAACCGGCUGGGUACCCGCCAAAAUCCUCAUGAACGAGGAGCAGUACAAUCAGUAUGUACAAAGGAAACUCAACGAGAAGAUUGACAAACUGCCGGUGUUUGAAAGUAACCUUCUCUACCCUACCAUAUUCACAAACUUGUACCACUAUUGUCUAAUCCACGCUGUUACAGAACCCAAAUCGAAGGACAAAGCCUCGGCUCCGAAGUUCACCAAACGGCUGAAGCCCAUCAUCACCCCCGACGGGUACACCGUCCAAUUCGAAUGCAAAGUGGAAGGCUUCCCCAGGCCCCAAGUGACCUGGUUCCGGCAGACGCACAUCAUCAAAACCUCCAAAGACUUCGCCAUGUACUACGACGCAGACAACACCGCCACGCUCGUCAUCAAGGAGGUCUUCCCCGAGGACGCCGGCACCUUCACCUGCGUGGCGAAGAACAGCGCCGGCUUCGCCUCCAGCACCACCGAGCUCAUCGUCGAGGGUCCUCUGUCGGACCACGGCUCGGAGAUGACCUCCAUCUCCAGGAAGAGCCUGUCGCGGACUUCUUCGCUGUGCGACAUCCUGGAGGGGAUUCCGCCGACGUUCGCCGGCAAACCGAGGUCCAGGUGCGUGCCGGAGGAGUCCGACGUGGUGGUGGAGUGCACCGUGCUGGGGGUACCCAAACCCGAGGUCAAAUGGUACCGCAACAACAAGCGGGUAACGCCCAAAGGAAACGUCACCGUUGAAUUUAUAUCGGAGACCGCGCAUACUUACAAAGUGAUAUUGAAGAUCAAGAAGGUGGAGAAGAACCAAGAGGGCCGGUUCCGGGUGGUGGCGAAGAAUCGAGAAGGCGAGGCUUCGGUGGAGUUCACGUUGAAGGUGCGCACGAAGAGCAAGGAAGCUCCGGAGGUGCUGGAACCGCUGGAAUCGCUUACUGUUAGGAAACGCGAGCGGAUAGUACUGUCAACGACCAUCGUGGGUAAUCCGGAACCCACCAUCGAAUGGUUCAAAGAUGGCAAACCGAUUACUGAGCACAAAUGUAGAAGAGACGGGGAUACUUACACGUUAACUAUCGAGAAAACUAGUACCGAAGAUACCGGUAAAUACACAGUUAAAGCUACGAAUUCACAAGGGAAAGUCGAAACCACAGCACACUUAACUGUGGAAGAAUUCCCCGAAAACGAAGAACCGCCGCUGUUCGUGGAACGCUUCGAGGAGCAAUCCGUCCCCCAGAAGGCCCCGUUGGUGCUCGAAGCGAAGGUCACCGGCAACCCCACGCCCGAGAUCCGCUGGCUGCUCAACAACGAACCUCUGGAACCGUCCGAGAGGCUCAGCAUCGCCUUCGACGGCGAAACAGCCGAGCUGAGGAUCAAAGAAACCAACUCGGAGCUGGACUCGGGAGACUACAAAUGCAUCGCCGUCAACCGCGCCGGCAGGGCCUCCCACGGCGCCAAGGUCUCCAUCGAAGUGGACCAGGUGAAGUUCACCAAGACCCUCGAGGAGUCGUACGAGGCGUCCGAGCGCGACACGCUCGAGCUGGAGUGCGAGACCUCGCAUUCCGUGAGAACCAAAUGGUGGUACCAAGACGUCGAGAUCAGCGGCAUGGACCACCGGCUCGUGGUGCAGGACGGAAGAACGCACAAGUUGAUCAUCAAGAACAUCACCCAGAACGACAUCGGCAGGUACAAAUGCACGGUGAAGAACCAAAAAACCGAAACCGCCGUGCGAGUGAAGCAGCGCAAGCUGGAGUUCGUGAAGAAGCUUCAAGACCUCGAGAUCACCGAGAAGGAUACGGCUGUGUUAGAAGUGGAAAUUACAUCGGACACGGCCGGUGUGAAAUGGUUCAAAGAUGGCGUAAACCUCGACGAAGACGACGAUAAAUUCGAUACCGAGAAGUUCGGCGGCGUCAGAAGAUUGCUCAUCAGAUCCACAUCCAUCCACGACGAAGGCGAGUACAGCUGCAAGCUGGUGGAGGAGGAGUGCAGAGCGGACGUAACGGUCAUCGAGCUGCCGCCCGAGAUCGUCUCGCCACUGCAAGACCAGACCGUCAACAAAGGCGAGAAAGCUGUAUUCGAGAUCGAGCUAUCCAAAGGCGACGCUCUGGCCAGGUGGUACAAGGACGGCAAGGAGAUCCAGUUCUCCGAGCACCUGCAGCUCUCCAUCGACGGCAAGCGCCAGAAGCUCAAGGUGUACAAAUCGGAGCCGGAAGAUGAGGGUGUCUACUCGUGCGAGGUGGGCACUCAGUCGUCGAAGGCCCGGCUCACCGUGCAAGUACCCACGUGUACGUUCAUCAAGGAGCUGCCCGAGUACACGAUAGUACCGGUGCAAUCGGACGCGGAGUUCGAAGUGGAACUGUCGAAAGAAGACGUCGAAGUCGCCUGGUACAGGAACGAAGAACGCAUCGAGAAAUCGUCCAGGUACUCGAUCACCUCGGAGUUUAGAACCAGGAAGUUAAUCGUCCGCGAGACAACCGUCGACGACGAGUACGAAUACACUUGCAAAGUCGAAAAGUACCAGCUCAAGACUUCGUCGAAACUCAAAAUCGGCGAUAAACCUUCACCGCCGCGCGGACCCCUGGAGAUCUCCGGCAUGUCGGACACGUCCUUCACCAUCCAGUGGCAGCCGUCGGAGCACGACGGAGGCUCCGAGAUCCUGGAGUACAUCGUGGAGAUGAAGGAGGCCAAGAGCAAGAAGGCCUUCAAGAAGAUCGGCGCCACGAAGGGGGCGACCAACUACGCGGCGAACUAUCUGGAGAAGGGGCACGGUUACAGCUUCAGGAUAACGGCGAGGAACGCCAUUGGAACCAGCGAUCCCUUCGUUCCUGCGGAGGCUAUUGUGGCUGGUUCCAGGAUAAGAAUCCAUUACCAAUUCCAAAAAACCGAUGAAUCGCUUUACUGCUUACUGGGCAUUUUUCCUCCUGCUAACAUUCAAUACAAAACACCGCCGUCUCCGCCGGUUAACCUCAAGAUCAGGGACCUCACGAGCAGGAGCGCCACGUUGACGUGGGAACCGCCGGAGAACGACGGCGGUACCGAAAUCACCGGGUACGUUUUGGAGAAGAAAUUGGAGUACAUGCCACAUUGGGAGAAGGUGUUCACCACUGAAGCCUUCUCCUUGGAGUACACCUUCGAAAACUUGAAGGAGAAGAGCGACUACCUGUUCAGGGUGUUCGCGGAGAACUGCGUCGGGCUGAGCCCGCCCGCUACCUCAGAAGUGGUGCAAAUGAGAACCCAUGCCACGGUACCAUCACCACCGACUCCCCCUCUGGAAAUCCGCACCAUCGGACCGAACGCCAUCGUGGUGGAAUGGGGCAUUCCGGAAUCCGACGGCGGAUCGCCGUUGCUCGGCUACAACAUCGCCAUCAGGGACACCAAGAAGACCAUGUGGAUGGAGAUCGGCAGAGUGCAGAAGGGCGUGCAGAAGUUCACCAUCAGGGACCUGCAGGAGGACCACGACUACAUGAUCAGGAUCUUCGCCAAGAACGAGAUCGGCGUCAGCGAGCCCCUGGAGUCCGACGAGCCGUUCAAGGUGCUCCCGUCGGGCGAUACCGAUCAGGACGAUUUCAAGGAGGCUACGGAGAAGGAGCCGACUUCCUACAGCACGGAGACGUCCACCUCGUGGUUGAGGGACAACAGCAUGGACGCGGAUAUACAUUCGUACUCGAAGGGCACGCUGCUGAAGAAGGACGAGUACUUUUUCCGCAUUUGGUGUUACGCCACCAAGUUGUUUAAAUAAUAAUUGGGGCGUUUGUUGUACAUAUAUUUUACUGAUUUUACACUAUUUUACACUGUUUUUUUUUUGUAGAAAAUGUUUAUUUUUUUUUUUGAGAAAACGAAAUGAGAUAUUCGAGUUGGAUUUGUACCGGGACCGGCGAAUUGCGAGCAAAACGAACCAAUUUCGGUACAAAUUUAACUAUUAACAAGGAUACUGUGAUACUGAUCAUGAGCGUAUUAUAAUAAAGAAAUUAUUGGAUUUUAAAGAACCCGAAAAGCGACUAUAUUAUGUUAUGUAUGGAUAAUUUUACCGUAGAUUGUUAAGUGUUAAAGGCAGUUGUUGUUUUUUUUUGUUUGAUUAUAUAUCUAUAUAUUGUGAAAUUUCUACCGUUUAUGCCGCGCAUUGACGAUUUAUUUAUUGUUAAUUAUAGAAAACUCGGGAAAACGAACUCGCUGGAUAACGAGAGAUAAAUAUAGGUGCAAAAUAAGAUCAAGAAAGCGAGUUCGUUUCCUCGACAAUUUCCUUCGAAUGAAUAAACGAUUAUUGAAGUGAA